CCGAGUGGUACCAGAGAAGUUACUGUAGAAGGUCGUACUUGGCAGGAGACUCAGGAAAACUUCCAUCCUCAUCCCAGGUUUCAAUUUCCAUAAACACCUCAUAAGGGCAUGGAGGAGGGAGUGUAACAAAUUGGAGAGAAAGACAGCUUAACAGACAGAGUGUAUGUGUGUCAGGGAAACAGUACAAGAAAGAGGACCGAAUAAAAGCACACUAGUUGGUGAAAUGAGAUGCACUGUCACAUCUUGUUAGGAUUCUGGUUGUUGUGAAUUAAUAACUUACAAAGCUAGAAAGGCACUGAGCUGUGUACCUGGGCAUCCAGCCUGAACACAAACUCACACUAAGACAGUCUUCAAGAAUACUGACCUGAAAGAAAACACCGGACACGUCUGGUAAGGACAUGAUUAUAUUCAGUUAUUACAAAUUGAAAAUGCUGUGGAAAUGUAUCACUGAAAAAUAUGCAGUGUGAGAAAUUUCCUAGUGUAAUGGGUUUUUCAUGCAGGUGUCAUUGUCAGGUACCAGAUCACAUCAUAUUUGUUUCCAUUUACAUUUCUGGAAAACAGUAUUAGCUAGAAAAAAAGAACAUGAAUCUGUAUGUUCCUGCUGUGCGUGAAAUAUAUUGUACAAAUAAGUGUAUUAAUAUAAUUUGGAUUUUAUAUUAGUGCAAUUUUGUUAAAACAUUUUAGUUUUACCAACAUAGUAUAAUGGUUUUCAAACAUCAAAUGUUUUUUUGCAUGUAAAUGGAAAAUAUUUAAAUUAAUAUUUAUUUUCUUUAAAUUUGCAAAUCAUUCACUGGCUAUGAAAUCUCUUAUAAAUAAAUAUAUAUAUUUAUUUAUAUUUAUUUAAAUAAAUAAGGUGGCUUUGUGAUGUGAACCAUACAGGUGUUUUUGUGAUGUGAACAAACUCUACUAAACUACAUGAUAGUGGCUCCUCAUGUAUAAAGUACUUUCAAAACCUGGAACCUGCAACCAUGUGAAUAGAUUUAUCAAAUCCACACGAGGUUCAAAGUUUACAGAUUUCUCAACCUCAAUCUCUUAAAUACACUCCGAAAUGUCUGUGUUGCUGCUAUUUAUAGAGAAUAUAAAAUCCUUAUUCAUUUUAUUCACUUUAAUAGAACUAUUUGUAAAUGUAUAAAUGUGCAAUUAUUUCCACACCACAUAUAUAUUCUUAUUGUAUUCUUUACAAUGGUGCACAUUAUGAUGAUUCCCGAAACAUUAUUAACAUUUAGAAGUUUUCAAACCACAAACAACAUUUCUUUGUGUACACCAGCCUUUCUAAAAAGUUUGGAUAAUUAUUAUUAUCCAGACUGGCAAAUUUGGCAUAAUUUAUACAAUUCUCUUAAUUCACUUAAUUUUGGAUUCUCUGUUUAGUGAUUAAACCCCAAAUAGUGCUCUUCAAACCUCAAUUCUUACAUAAAGCAUAUUAAGCCUUACUCUGAUCCAAUUCACAUAUUUUAAAGGUUUUCAAAUUGUACGGGGUACUUUUUUAAUGUCUCAGGUUUUUCAAAUGUCAAUGAAUUUGUUGUUUUCCAGACACCUUAACUAUGUUAUCACCUUUUCCAAACAUCAUAACUCACAACCGUAUGGGUCUCUGAGGUCCAAAGUAUUACUCAUUUUGUUUAUGCAAUGUUAACCAGAUAUAAUUUGUCUCUUUUUUCAUAAGUAGAACUUUCAAAAUCAUGAAAGUCUUUUUUCAAAGUACAAAAAUUGUCUGUACCCCAAGUUCACCACCAUUCACUUAAUGCAUUCUUAACCCCCCCCCCCAUUAUUCUGCAUAUAUAGUUGUGUACAGACUAAAUAUCAAAAAUUAAAUUUUCAUAUCUAAUAUGUGAUAUACAGUGAUUUUUAAAACAUUAUAGGUGUUAAAAAGAAUGUAGGCUCCCACAAAGUCACUUAUUUAUUUAUACAUAUUCCCAAACCAUAUAGAUUUUUCCCUAAUCUGCAAAAAGCAUUUAUAAACCAGAUACGUCUUGUCUUUAAAUGGAAAAAAAAAAUAGGAUUCCCAACUUCUUAAUGUGUAGAGAAUUCAAGAGAAUUCCAACCACCCAUGCUUCAUUUAUACAUGUCAAGCUUUCCAAUCCUUAAAGGCCUCAAUUUUCUAUAGCAAAAUAGGUUUAACAAAUCAAAUGUAUAUUUAGAGUAUGAAGUUUAUGAUUAAAGUCUAUAUAUAUAUAUCACAGAGCUCAAUGAGAGAAUUAGAGAGUCAAAAGAAUGUUUGUAAAGUGUUCUUUAUUUUCAUUCAAAAUGUUAUUCAGUAAAGUAUGAAUUGUUGGGAAUAGAAAGUGCAUGCAACAUAAAUAUCAAUUUCGAUUUAGGUUAAAAAAGACAAAUUAAAAGUGUUUGCUGGGAGGAUUCACACUGAAUUCUCAACAAUUCACACCCUGAUUAUCUAAUCUUCAAUUGACCAUCUUCACCUGUCUUGGGUUUGUUCUUUAGCGAUAUUAGAGAAAAUUCCCCAAGAGCAGCACAAAUGUAUCUUUAGAAAAGAUUGAGCUGUAUAAAAUAAAAUCAGAUUAAUCUGCCAGUACAAGAUCACAUCACACUUACUGUAAAACUGGCACAUGUCCCCCAGCCCUGAAAGAUACAUAAACUGAUACCAGGAUCUUCUGAGGACCUGAAAACAAUAUUUGUUGUGGUUUAUGAAGUUUACGAAACAAUUGUUAUAGACUUGGGUCACUAUCAAUAAACAAGAGGGCAAAUUAAGUAUACAUGAAGUAAAAUUUACGAAAAAUACCACAGAGAGUGAUACAAAAGUAAACAUAUAUCAACAUUGUCAAUAAAAGUUAUCUUUGGUGAAUGCUGCAAAGUAUGAGAACCACCAAACACAGCCUGGAAAUCUAGUGGUGGGCGCAUUGUGGUUGCUGGUGGUAUGGCUGUUUAGUACUCUUGAAAACAAUACAACCAUACAAUUACUGAGAUAUCAAUGAAAUCUAAAUUGUACCACAAACCAAAGUUUGACUGUUUGUCCAUCUGUGAGUGUAAGUUUAGAAUGUGAGGUAUACAGCCAAAUAAUAGCAAACACACAUGUAAAACUCAUAUGACUUGGUCAAAUGCCUGCACAUAAUCCAAUUGGAUUGCUAUGGCAUGGUCUGAAGCAAUUCUCUAAAGAAGACUGAGCCAAAAUACCUCACAGUUAUCUGCAGGAUUAAUUAAAAGCAUAGUUCUGGGUAAAGUCAACAUUUACUUAAUCUAAAGGUUCAAAUACUUUUUCACACAAAGACAAUUUGUAUUAAUUAUUUGAGCAGAUUAUAAUUAACAGUUAUGAGUUAUUUAUUUACUAUAAAGCCAAAGAAAUGUAGGAAUUCACAGGAGUUUAUAUAUCCCUUCUUUUCCUACUCUUCCUCAUGUGGAAUCACUGUCAUGCUAUGCUCUUAUUAUAUGGAAACUGUGUAUUUAAACGGAUUAUUUUAAUCUGUUGAGAUUUCUUAAAGUCAACAUUGCAGUUUUGUUAAAAGAAAGAGCUUUCUAGAACAGUUAAUGAAUGUAAUUAAGCAAUGAUCUCAUAUUCAUAUUUCAGAAACUGAAGAAUGAAGCCCCUUGCUAUUCUCCUUGUAGUGUUACUCUGUGAUGUGUCCUGGACUCAGUAUGAAGAUUCAUAUGAUGACUCUCAUUGGUGGCUUUCCUACAUAAGGAGCAUGCAAUACAGCGAUGUUGGUGCUCCCUAUAGCUACGGUGGUGCUCCUUCAUAUGAUUAUGAUCCAGGUCCCCCUGCUCCAUCUGUAAGUGACUGCCCACAGGAAUGUGAAUGUCCACCAACCUUCCCAACCGCACUAUACUGCGAUGGUCGAAACUUAAAGUAUCUUCCCUAUGUACCAUCUCGAGUCAAAUAUGCCUACUUCCAAAACAAUCAGAUCACUGCUGUACCUGAUGGUGCCUUUGACAAUGCCACUGGGUUGGUGUGGUUGGCAUUACAUGGGAACCAGCUCUUGAGUGAUAAGGUAGGCAGAAAGGUAUUUUCCAAGCUUCGAGGAUUGGAGAGGCUUUAUAUGCAAAAUAACAAUCUGACCCGCAUACCCAGUGGACUGCCUCGUUCACUACGUGAGUUAUAUCUCUCAUCCAAUCAGAUCUCCAAAAUGCCCGCUAAUGCCUUAGAAGGUCUAGAAAAUCUUACUGCCCUGGACUUACAUAGGAAUCAGAUAAAUGAAGUGGGAAGUGCACUGAGAGGACUAAAAUCCCUAGUGCAUUUGGACAUUAGCAACAAUCAGCUCCGCAAGUUGCCAGACACACUUCCUGGGUCUUUAGAACAAAUGUACCUGGAGUACAAUUACGUGAGCUCAGUGCCAUCAGAGUACUUCAAGGCAUAUCCCAAGUUGCAGUAUGUUAGAAUUUCACACAACCGACUCACUAAUGAAGGGUUCCCAGAGACAACAUUCAAUACUACCAGUCUAGUGGAACUGGACCUGUCAUACAAUCAACUGCACCGUAUACCACCAGUUAACACCAACCUACAGCACCUGUAUUUGCAGGGUAAUCAGAUUGAAGGUGAGACAAGGAAUGUUGGUAAUGUAUGGUAAAUUGUCAUAAUGCAUGAGCAGACUCCAAAAAUAGCCACUACCAAUGCAAUUACCCAUUACAUAUCUCCCUGUUAGAGUGAAUCGUAAGACCUCCUGUUACUGUUGGACCUGCUGGACAUGCUCUGAAUAGCAUAGCUGGUUCUAACAGAGCCAAAUUGCUGCUCCAUAUACCAUUAAACAGACUUGAUUUCUUUGGAAGCCCAUCUUCACCUGUCUUGCGUGAAGAUGGUAUUUCUACAGAAGCAUUUGGAGCAUAAAUUAGUGCAUCCUAGUUUGAAGAAACUGUAUUUUUUUUUUUUCAAUGCAAUGAUCCUUUUGGCCAAAAUUAUUUCCAUGCUAAUUGCCCAAAUUUAGUCUACCUUUUAGAACAGUAAACUUUGAUAAUUCGCCCCAUAGCAUCAUGGGAGGAUUAUAGAGUGCUUUCACUAGAGCUGACAGUUUUAGUAUGUGCCAGAAACGUAGAUACUCCAACAGUAAUCUUUAAAAAUACCAAGCGGGAUAUUAUUAUUAAUUAAUAUUAUUGGCCGCUGCAUUUUCUCAGCCUAACAAUAAAAUGCCCAUGGAGCCAGUAGGUCAUCUUACUUCCUACUUAGAUUUCUACUCUCCCCCUGUUGUCAUUAUGCAUAUAGGUAUUACAACACAUCUAUUUGCAUGCAAUACCCAAUGUAGAAAGCAGCACUAGGAGGCAGCAAAUCUGCCAUCCACUUACAGCUGUGUAUAAUGAAAGAUGCAAAUUGUUCUACAAGUAGUUUCAUGAUGUAAAAUAAUAUCAAUUGAAAAAAAAAGUAUCCUGCUGCUUCUCCAGGAUGCUCUCUGGGCUUGAAAAGUUUCCUGCUUGGCACUAAAAUCGCAUGGAACCUCCUAAUAUUCUAUUUAAAAUAAAACAAACCCUUAACCACAAAAUAUACCUGUAUGCUGGAAAAAUUGCUUCUUACUAGAUUGCACAAUUCUUCUUUACCAAAGCUGACUCAACACAGUUUUUAUGUGUUUAUUUUAAUUAAAAUAGGUUAAACUAGAUUGGGCUCCAUUUAUUUGCUUAAGUGUAAAGUAAGCAAAUACUAAUUGUAUUGCAGUGCAAUGCAGUAUAUGCAUUCUUCAGCUCUGUGAGUGUAGACAGUAUCACUGUUACAUUUGCAUUCUAGUGUCAUCACUCACAAAAUUGAAAAGUAAAUGUCUAGCUUUACUUACAGCUAUGGGGUUUAUUAUGAGAUUGGACACAUCAUUAAACAGAGACAUGCACAGACAAUUCAUGGCUUGGCUGUCUCUAGGGAGAGCGUUAUUGCAGGCGCAGGAGGGACAAAAGUGACACAACAGAACCUGGAACUAAGUGUUCCAGGUAGUCUCAUUGACAGCCCUGGUGGAAUGUCUUAUAGUGGACGCAAUUUUUACAAAUCCCUGCAGCUAUAAACCAUUCUCAGAAAUGAGAGUGAGCUCAGGGUACUGCAUGCACUUUGCAGUAAUACAGAAUGCAAAAAUUUUGAAACUCAUAGAGUUUUCCUUGAUUUGAAAGACAAACUUUGUCUAUUCUUUGGUGUCAGUGAAAGGGACAUAGGGAGGAAGAGCUAUUUGACUAGAGACAACUUGACUUUUAGGAACAAGUGGAUUAAUAGUUCUGUGGUAGGCUUGGAAACUAUAUACCACAAAUUAUCUCUCAGACCAACGGAGACUGAAGUUUAAUAAAAAUGGAAAUGUUAAUGAAACGUAAAAAAAAAAAAUCACAUUGAAAUAUAAUAUAAUCAUUGGAAUAUUGUUGAUCAAGGGAGACAUUGAAUUGCUGUCAGGAAGUACUUUAUUCUUUGUAAAGUAAUAUUGCUUCUGUACAGAGGUAUUGUUUUCUCUGGGUAAAAUGAGUGAAAGUGAGAUUACAGGUUGAGCAUUUUUGGCAACAUCACUAAUAGGACCGCAUUCAAAAUAGACCAGAAAAAAACACCCACAUAAGUUCUUUCUUCUCCAGCCUACCGCACUAAGUAUAUGAUUUGUUAUUAUUUUUUAUUUUAUUUUUUGUAAAUAUCUUUUUUAUUGUGGGUUUUUUCUUUUUUUUUUUUGUCAUGGAAGAUAACAGGCAUGGAGCAAUGAGACUUGCAGGUCUCUGUGGUAGUAGCGUAACAAUACAAUAACCAGAAUCAGCACUGACAGCAUUUCUAUCAAGGCAGGAGCCAGUGUAUGUACCAUGUCCACCUUUCCCCUGGAAGCAUGGUUCCUACUCGUGAUAUGUGUGGUCUGGGUUGUGCCCUCUACCUCCACUUUCAUGAUUUUUCAGUAGGGGGCGCUUAUGGGGUUAUGGAACGUGGGAGCUAAUGGCAUCAGUCACGCAGAAACUAUAGUGCAUGCCAGCCAGUUCCGAAAUUGCAUUGAUCUGAGAUGGGUUGAGGUCAGGGAGGAGAGGGAAGGGAGUGUGGGAAUGUGAUGGAGGGGAAGGGAAAGAUAAAGAUGGGGAGAUGCUGUGCCCAGUGUGCGCCAAGGCUCCCCUUCCCCAGGGUCAGGGGUCUAUGCAGGUGAGCAAACCUGUAAUUUGGUGCUUAUCUCUAUAUUUCAGCUGGUUCCUUGAUGUGUUGGUCAUGAAAUUUGGGGUUCAGGGUUGUGAUUAGCCAUGGGGUCCAGAUAUCCAUAUAAGCCUGUGUCCUGUCCUAUGCGGUGAACCAUAAGUCCUCUAAAGCCCUUAGUUCCUCCAUCCUUGUGAACCAAAGUGACAAUGGUGGAAUUAUGUCCCUUUUCCAAUGCAGGGGUAUGAGAUGUUUGUCUAUAGAAAGGAUGCGAAUAGUCAAAGAUUGUUUGUAUUGAGAUGUGAGUGUUGUUGUGUUGUGGAGAAGAUAAACGGCUGGGUGGAAAGGCAGUGGUUUGUCAGUGAAUUGACUAACAAUUGAGGCAACACAUCUCCAAAACCAUGCUAUGAUCAGCAAUGAAAUGUACGCAUAAGAAACAUGCAGCCACCCAGUGCAAAAUCAGUUAACACCACCAAAUAUAAAGAUUCCCACCCUAGACUGUAAGAAAAAAACAGUGUGGUGAUACGGUAAACAAUAAGAAGCAUACUAAGAACAGUAUACCUACCUAGUAUACCCAAAAAACACUAAAUAACAUAUGCAAACAAGGGUCGGGAGAAAAAAAGGGUGGGAAAUAUUUGCCUCCUGUAAUUAAUAAAAUUAAGAUUAUAGGUACACUAAAGCUAGCAUAAUCUACAAUUUUAUAACAUGACAGGAGGCAUCAUAUUUGCUGUUUCAACGCUCUGCCAAUAAAGCAAAUGAAGCAUGUUCCGCAGGUCUGAAAUAAAAUUGUCAAAAGGUGUCUUCUCCAGACCAGUCCGUUGAACGUAGAAUGUCGGGAAGAGAAUGACAGGAGAGAAGAGAAGCGCCAGCCACCAGGGCGCCUGACCAAGUGAGCACCGAAAUGGCAGACCUGGUCGAAGAGGUCCUUGGUCGAAGAGGUGAGAGAGGAAAUUCAGAACGCUGGAUACAGGUGCUGUAAAGGGAUUGAUACUCCGUUCCAGGCACCAAUAACACCAAAUGUUCCAUGCAGAUAGGUAACAUCUCCCGGGGCCCAAGAGUCUCAGAGGAGGUUUCUAACUGACCCCGAUAGUUCGUUGACAUUCCAGGUACCCCGUAAAGAGUCCAGACCACCAAGUGGAGGUGGCCUUCUAGUACAAGGGUGUGAUGGUUGCCUCGUAUGUCCGAGAGAAUCAUCUGCUGAGACGGAAGGAGAAGCGGGUCCCGACAUGACCGCUCCAGUAAUUCUGGAAAUCAAGCCUGGCCUUGCCAAAGAGGCGUCAGUAAUACUAAGGAUACCUGUUGACGUUGCAUCUGGAGCAGGACCCUGGAGAUCAUAGUGAAUGGAGGAAAUGCGUAGGCUCCCUGCAACGGCCAGUCCUGAAGAAAAGCACCCACUGCCGUGCAUGUCGGGUCUGGGAGCCAACUGAAAUAUGUAGAAACCUGGAAGUUCGUCCUGGAGGCUAAAAGAUCCACUGUGAACAGGCCCCUCUGGCGUGCCACUUUGAGGAAGAUCGAUCGAUGAAGUCUCCAGUCACUGGCAUCCCUCCAAUGCCUGGAGAACCAAUCUGCCAUCAGGUUUGUCACACCUGGUAGAUACUCCACCUGGAUAGUGAUAUUGUGCUGGAAGCAGAAGCUGUAAAUCUCCUUCGUCACCUCCGCUAGUGCACAUGAGCGGACACCCCCCGGCGGUUGAUAUAUUGUACUGCCGACACAUUGUCCAUCCUCAGGACAAUGCAGCAAUUCGACAGGUGUUCCGCAAGGCUCCGUAUUGCAAACGAUCCCGCAAUCAGUUCCAGGCAGUUGAUGUGAUACUCCGCUUCCAUGUGCGAACAGGGACCUCCCGCGGAGGUGGUUGCACAGGUGGCUCAACAGCCCCAGAGGCUCGCGUCUGAUUCCAGAACGAAGUCUGGAGUUGGGCCAAAGAUUGCCUUGCCGUUCCAGGCCUACAUGUGUAGUAGCCACCAGCGAAGUUUGGCCCUGACUUCCUAUGUGAGGGGAAUCAAUUGAUCGUGCAGGACACGUGCCUUCAGGCACUCCAUGGCUCUGUAGUGAAGGGGUCCUGGGUACGUGGCUUGGAUCUAUGGAGACAAUAGGACCACCACUCACACCAGGACCCUGAGUGGUAUCUGCUCCUGACAUAGGAUCCUUCGGAUUUCUUUCCAAAUGGUCGUGAUCUUGGACUGAGGGAGACGUAGGAUGCACUGAGUUGCGUCUAUUUUGAAUACAAAGAAUUGUACCACCUGCGUUGAUGUGAGAGCCGACUUCACAAAACCCAGGGAUUUGAACAAGGAGAUCGCAUAGAGCGUUUGAGAUGUCAGCCUGGACGAGUCUUCACAGAAUAGUAGCAGAUCGUCCAGGUAUAUAAGGCAUCGAAUGCCUCUGGAGAGUAGUCGCGCCGUCACCGGUUUCAGUAGCUUGGUGAAACACCACGGGGCCGAGCUGAGGCCGAAGGGUAGACAGGAGAAUUGGCAAGGUCUUCCCUUCCAAACAAAACAGAGAAAACGUCAUCACAUGUGUUCCACUGGGAAAGACAGGUAGACAUCCUUCAGAUCUAGGCUUGUGAACCAAUCCCCAGGGUGAAGUAGGUCCCUCAGAAGAUGGAUGACCUUCAUCUUGAAGUGUCGGUAGACGACGAAGGAGUUCAGAUUUCUCCGGUUUAUUACUGGACGGAAGUCUCUCGUCUUUUUCCUGACCAGAAAUAUGGAGCUGAAACGAAAAGGGCUUGUAUCUCUGCGUCCACCAGUGUCUGAUGUUCUCUUGGCGAUAUAGGAGCCUGGGGUGGUCGAGCUUUUAUCGGCCGUGAAUGAAAAUCUAUAACGUAACCUUGGACCAUCUGUAGUAUCCAUGCAUCCAAGGAAAUGUCCUGCCACCUGUCGAGACAAUGACACAAUCAGCCGGUAUGCAAUAGACUGGAAUUAAAGUUGGAGAAACGGGGCUCACCUAUGGGCUCUUCCACAAGCCUGGCUUCCUCUACCGGGGUCCAACCUAUGGGAAGUGAAGGAAGAACGAUGGUGUCCGGGAUCCUCGGUGGUUCGAUGGCCAGAACCCAUUGGAGUCCAGCCCUGCCAAAAACACAUGAGAUGUGUGCGGAAAACUAUCCUCAUUGAGGAUUGGGCCUUAUUCAAAGUAGUAUAAAGAUUCACAUGUUUAUGGAGCUCCUUGAUAAAGGGUUCUCCAAACAAUAGCCCCUUGGCCAAGGAUCCCAGCUCCUAAGACCCCAACUCUGAUAACUUAGCAUCCAUACGCAUAAGGACCACUUUCCUCCGCUCCGUGCAGAGCGCCACGUUUGAGUUGCCCAGCAGGCAAAUGGAGCGCAACGCCCAAUGUCUUACGCCUGACAGGUCCAGGGUUGAGACCUGCGGGACAGCCUCGUCAGCGAGCAUGAGGAUCCGGGCCAGGCAUCCCAUCAUAUCAAGCACUUUAUCUUGUGCCAGACGGAGGCUGCGUUCAAUCCCUUUUUUGAGAUCGCAACCAGAACAGGUCAGGUAGGUAGAAACCAUAGAGUCGAACUCGGAAGUCACAGCGACCUUGUCCGGCAAAGUGGGCCUGGGGCAUUCUGCCCUCAACCUUCCAAUAACGUUUAGUCGUUCUCGUCUGGUCCCUCUCUGGUGAAUCUGUCUGACUCUACUUUAGCGCGCGGUGUCCCCGUUGUUCCCCUAUACUGAGGCACCAGCGGGAAGGCUCUUGUCAGCACUUUUUCAACAGAGGCGGCCACUGCCGCAUUAAUCUUCACUUCUAGGCUUUCCUGGGUCGGGGCGUCCAUAGCGGUUGCCGUCUUAAUAGUAGCGUGACACCUAGAGAAAGAAAUUACAGGUGUCACCACUACGUAAUUAGGGUAAACACAGAUAGAAUAGCAGCAGUAUUUAUAUGGACACAUACAUAUCUUAGUGUCUAUAGGGUGAUUGGGGAUGUCCCCAGUAAUAUUCCCCCAGGCCUGCGGCCGAAGGAGGUGACCAAAAUUCACGGACCGGGCAAGGAGGGCAUUAAUCAGAGAGGCUGCACAGAGACCUAAGGUGGAGUUGGAGGAGUUGCAGAGUUCCACAGCAGAGACUGGAGUAUCUGUACAUAGGACUACAAUAAGCCAUACGCUCCAGAGAGUUGGUCUUUAUGGCAGAGUGGCCAGAAGAAAGCCAUUACGUUCAGCAAAAAACAAAAUGGCACGUUUGUGAAAAGGCAUGUGGGAGACUCCCAAAAUGUAUGGAGGAAGGUGCUCUGGUCUGAUGAGGCUAAAAUUUUACUUUUCAGCGAACAAAGAAAACGCUAUGUCUGGCGCAAACCCAACAUAUCACAUCCCCCUACGAACACCUUCCCCACAGUGAAACAUGGUGGUGGCAGCAUCAUGCUGUGGGGAUGUUUUUCAGCAGCCGGGACUGGGAAACUGGUCGGAGUUGAGGGAAAGAUGGAUAGUGCUAAAUACAGGCAUAUUCUUGAGCAAAACGUUUACCACUCUGCGCGUGAUUUGAGGCUAGGACAGAGGUUCACCUUCCAGCAGGACAAUGACCCCAAACACACUGCUAAAGCAACACUUGAGUGGUUUAAGGGGAAACGUGUAAAUGUGUUGGAAUGGGCUAGUCAAAGCCCAGACCUAAAUCCAAUAGAAAAUCUGUAGUUAGACUUAAAGAUUACUGUUCACAAGUGCAAACCAUCCAACUUGAAGGAGCUGGAGCAGUUUUGCAAAGAGGAAUGGUAAGAUGUGGCAAACUCAUAGAGACUUAUCCAAAGCGACUUGGAGUUGUGAUUGCUGCAAAAGGUGGCUCUACAAAGUAUUGACUUUAGGGGGGUGAAUAAUUAUGCACCUUGAUUUUUUCUAUUAUUUUGUCCUAUUUGUUGUUUGCUUCACAAUAAAAAAAAAAGUUGUGGGCAUGUUCUGUAAAUUAAAUGAUGCAAAUCCUCAAACAAUCCAUGUUAAUUCCAGGUUGUGAGGCAACAAAACACGAAAAAUGCCAAGGGGGUAAAUACUUUUGUAAGGCACUGUAUAUGUCCAAUCUGCAGAGAUCCCAGUGCAGCAUAGUCCUAUAGUGUAUACAUAUGGCAAUUUAGCUAAGGAUGGUCACAGAUAAACACUGAGGGGAGGAACUUAUGGUAUCCAUCAGACACAAACCCUGAUGUAGGGUGAGAGGGCCCACUCAGGCUUACUCUAGGCCCAGACCGUGGUCUGGAAGGGGGUCUCUGCCUCCCAGAGCGUCCCAGGGCCAGGAAGGGAAAAAAACCCGUCAAUCAGACCUCCCACAGAGGGAAAUCACAACCAGGGAAGAGGCCGCGAGUAAUUGCGCCCUCCUUCGCCGUGUCAGACGCACGUGGUCCGCAGAAGGAGUCAGCCGCAGCACAGCGGCCACGUGGAAAAGAGGAUCUGGCCGCCGGGUACUCGUGCAGGAUCACGAGUACCCCAGAGACCAGGAGAAAUAACGCGGGACCGCUGGAGACAUACUCCGUGGUCCCGGAGAUCGGAGGCCCAACGGUAAACCUCCUGAAACCCCUGAGCGAGACACACACAGCCCGAUAUAAGGAAAAAAGGGGUGAUAAGGUAUAACGAUCAGAGGGAAGAUAGCCACCCACUAAAAGCAGGAGGCAGUGGUACUCUGACCUGUACUGAUUUGGAGCAGCAAAGAAAGAGGAAGUAGUUUGUGGGGAAGGGAGUUUCAUGGUUUCCUUUUCCUUUCUUUUCUCUGAUUGGUUGUUUACUCUCUGUGUUAAAAUGCUGCUGUGGAGUUCUAGUAAAGAGAGACUUAAGUAAAUAUGAAGCCUCAUGUCAUGUUAUAAAAUUCAUAUGCAAUUAAUUUGAAACAUAUCAAUAAAUACGCAUCUAGAAACUAUUAAACACGUAAUAUACAUAUAUUCUAUAGCCAAAUAUAAUCUAGAAAAUAUUUAUUUAUAAUUUUAUUAAUAACGCUAAAACAAGUAUGUUAUAUAAAAUAUAUAUAAAACAGAAAUAUAUAUAUAUAUAUAUAUAUAUAUAUAUAUAUAAAACAGAAACAAACAUACAUAUAUACAUAUAUCCAAAAAUUACAUUAAAAAAAUUACAUUAUAUUACAUUUUAUAUAUAUAUAUAUAUAUAUAUAUACCCAAACCUACUUUAAGAGAGAAAGAGAGAGAUCUGUAGAUCUGUAAAUAUAUAUAUAUAUAUAUAUAUAUAUAAAACUAUAUAACCAAAGAAACUACAGAAAUGGCAGUCCCCCAAGAAAAUUUGACUCUUUCUCUGCAUAUGUAGACAUUUUAAAAUAUUCAACAGUGUUAAGACCUGCAGUGGUUAUGGUACUGCUGUCUUCUAUUCCUUUCCCAAUAGCUGAGCAUAAGUGAUUAUAACUGCAAUUAGGAGGUAGAGGAAUAGUGUAGAUGAAUGCAGCUUCCAAGACGAUUGUCCCCAACAAGUAGAAUAUUCCCCAAACAUGAGCCUACACUUCAUGAAGGGUCUAACAGGAAUUAAGUUUAUUGAUGCCACACUGGGUUUUAUGAGAAAUCCUCCUGCAAGAGGACCUCCCACAGUAAACAAAGACAAUAACCAAUCAACAUACAGAUUUACAGUAACCCCCUGUAAUGGACCGUUUUGCAAAAAAGGGGAAAAAAACGCUUCGACGAUAAUCCCUUUUUAGAGACAGGCACAUAUACUGUAGAAUCACCCAAAACUCACGAAUUGAAUACAAGUGAAUGCACCAAACUCCCGAACUGCAUACAAGGGAAUGCUCCAAACACUCGAACUGCAUACAAUAAGUGAAUGCUUCAAACUCCCAAACGGCAUCCAAUACAGCACUCCAAAUACACGAACAGGAACCAUACGAAUUGCUGCUACCAGACGAACAGGAAAAGCUCCCAAGCGGCUUACACUCCUGGCAAUCAGUCCUUAGCAGCAUACAGUAAAUCCCCCCAAAGACGAGACAAGGCUCCGUGUUGAGGGUCAAGCAGUGGUCUGUUUAAUGAGGGCUACCUGCCCAGUAUUUAUGCAGGUCUCCCACCUGGUGGACACUCCCCUAGGGGACCAAAUGGGAGACUGUGACAAAAGACAGACAAGUAGACAAAUAGGACACACAGUCACAAUAUAUUCCCACAAUGCAUCCUGGCUUCCUCCCCUCUGCCCUGGGAGAUAAUUGGGAAGUAAUUAAAUUAUCUCCCAAGACAAAGGCAAAACUCCAUUACACAUGUGGGGAUACAAAACCAGUAUUAUACUUUAAAAUACAUAAAGUAACAUUUAUUACAUAAAACACAGACAUGUAACAUAUCCCCAGAUAGCUCAGGUCUGAGCGCACAUUAUUAAGCGAAUGGCGCUCAGACCACACGAAUACAGUUUAAUCGCCAUGGAGCCAAAGUCUUUACAGUCAGUUUCAUACGAAUGGGCUCCAUGGGAUUCCUAUCUGGGGUAUAACACAUUCAACCAAAACUACCGAACACCGGGCCGUUCGUGCACUUCCACCGAACAAGAAGGGAGGUCGGCGGCUUCAGCGGUGUUCGCGCAAAACUGUGUCCGAUUUUAGUUCCAUGAAAAUAGGGGCGAACACCGCUGUGCAUUCGUAUGUUUAAAAUGGCCGCGACCUCGUGUUCGGGAUACGAAUGGCGGCCACCCAGCAUUCGUCAAUUAAGCUGCGGUUAACCGCAGCUUCAGGGAGGUUAAUUGCCGGCACACUCCAGCUCCCAGGUGGUCUAUUCAUUCGUGCGGUUGUUCGGUAGAUUGAAUCUACCGAACAACUGGCAGAAAAGCACGAAUACAGCUUUUCUCCAGGCGAAAUAAAGUCUUUUAAAAGGGGGCCAUAGUCCAGAGGCAGCAGGCGAGCAACCAGGCUUCUCCAAUGCAAUGUGGCGAGAUUGGUCUCGUCACACCCCCGCCCUCUCUCUGCUUGGGAGAUAUUGAGAUAAGUUAAGGAAUAACCCAAUUAUCUCCAGGCAGAGGGCACACAAUUUUCCCAAAAAUUUGAAAACCCCUUUCCACACAAGGUAUCCCCUGAUAGCCCCGAUCUGGGGGACCAACAUAUCCAAAUUUCACCCAGAUCAGUUCAGGGGUUCUUAAAAAGUAUGGAAGUCACAAGUUACUGACCACACACGAGGCUCCUGCCCAAAACAGUUCCAUAAAUUCAGCGUGUGCGGUCGGUCAAUUCAGAAAAAGGCAUAAAACGAAUAAAAGUCCCGAAUGGAUCCUCCUGGCUCAUAGGAGCGAUUGCCGAACUACCGAAUGGCGCUCUCCUGGCUGUUCGGCAACUAAAGGAAGCAAGCUUCGGUAGUUUCAGCGGUGGUUCGGGAGGUCGAGUGUCCGAUUUUAGUUCCAGACACUCGACGACUAAGUCCCGCUGCCUCCUUUCGUGCAAACAAGAUGGCCGCCGUUUUCUGUUCCACGUGACAUUCGGCUAUACGAUUAUACAUCCAAAUCGGUCUGGCGGGAAAGACCAUCCGCAUUGCCGUUCUGCUUGCCCGGACGGUAUUGCAGUGUAAAAUUGUAGGGCUGUAACGCUAGGCUCCAGCGAAGCAACCGGGGAUUGUCUCCAGAGACUCGGUUGAGCCAAAUGAGGGGGUUGUGGUCAGUGACUAGGGUAAAGGCACGGCCAUAAAGGUACGGUUGGAGUUUCUUUAGGGCCCAUACUAAAGCUAGGCACUCUUUUUCCAUGCCAUCUUCCCCCACUUGGCUCAGCACGGCUCCCAUCCCAAACAUGGAGGCAUCUGUAUGAAUGAGAAAUGUUUUAUUAGGAUCUGGGGCCGCCAAUACUGGAGCUUCGCUUAAGGCAGUUUUAAGUCUCUGGAAUGCCGUUGCACACUCCGGGGACCAUGCUACCUGCUUGGGUAGUGACUUUUUGGUCAGGUCGGUGAGGGGUUUUGCUAGAGUGCUAUACUCAGGGUCGAACUUUCGAUAAUACCCUGCUGUGCCUAGGAAGGCCAAUACCUGUGUCUUGGUGCGGGGCUGGGGCCAAUUGGCUAUAGCCUCUACUUUGGCUGGUUCGGGGCACUGUUUCCCAGACCCUACUCUAUGCCCUAGGUAUUGAACCUCUGCCAUACCCACAUGGCAUUUCUCGGGUUUCAGGGUGAGGCCGGCUUUUUGUAACCUCCCAAAUACCGUAGCCAAGUGCGCCAUGUGCCACUAUAGAUAGCAAUAUCAUCUAGGUAGGCACAUGCGAAGUCCUGCAUUCCCUCCAGAAGUCGGUCCGCCAUCCGUUGAAACGUAGCCGGGGCAUUCUUCAUCCCAAAAGGCAUAACCCGAAAUUAGUAUAGCCCGAAUGGGGUGACGAAUGCCGACUUAGGUAUGGCAGCCGAGUCUAGCGGGAUUUGCCAAUAUCCUUUGCACAGGUCCAGGGUAGUUAGGAAGUGCCCGGUGGCCAUGCAAUCGAGCAAUUUGUCAAUCCGUGGCAUGGGGUAUGCGUCCGUGAUAGUCCGGUCGUUCAGUUUCCGGUAAUCAAUACAGAAGCGAGUCGUACCGUCUCGUCUCGCUUCGGUACUAAAACCACCGGGGAUGCUCCUAAUUCCAACAUUUCUUGGAUUUCUUUCCACAUGCUGGCCCGCACUGAUGCCGGGAUACGGUACGAUUGUUGCCCUAAUGGGGUUUCCCCCUGCGUCUCUACCCAGUGCACUGCGGCGGUGGUGUAUCCGGGUAGGACUGAGAACAGCCCACCGUAUUCCUGGAGCAGUUGUUUUGCGUCUGCCUGCUGUGUGGGGUCUAGUUUCUCCCCUAACCCGACCUGCUCUAAGGCACCUUGGUUAGCUGCCAGUAAGUCGGGCAAGGGGAGUCCUUCACAAUCAUCAGUGGACGGGGCACAGAUAGCGGCCACGUCCUUGGGGCUCUCAAAAUACGGUUUCAAGAUGUUCACAUGAAAAGCUCGUCUGAUCCUUUCAUCUGAACGUUUGGCUCCAAUAUAGGUGGUGUCAUUAAUCCGUUCCACCACUUUAAAUGGCCCCUGCCAAACUUUUUGCCCCACUUCCAGAUUCCUAUCUCGUGCCCCCCAGUCAUACCAUUGUUUCUGUCUUUUCUGGGCCGCCUGCAGGUUCUCCUGAACGGAUUCGGUCAGCGCCUGCAGGCCGUCCCGAAACUCUAGUACAUAUGGCAAGACUGGGAUCCCUUCCUCUCCUGUGUUGCCCUCCCAGUGCUCCCGUAUGAGGUCCAGGGGUCCCCGGACUUUUCUCCCGUAUAGGAGUUCGAAGGGGGAGAACCCAGUGGACGCCUGGGGCGCUUCCCAGUAGGCAAACAGGAGAUGGGGUAGAAAUUUCUCCCAUUGACCGUAUGACUCGGUGAACGCUGUGAGCAUUUGCUUAAGCGUGCCGUUGAAUCAUUCACAGAGACCGUUGGUCUGGGGGUGGAAGGGGGAGCUAAAUAACGGUUUCACCCUGCAGCUCUGCCACAACUGUUGAGUUACAGUUGCCGUGAACUGCGUACCUUGAUCGGAAAGUAUUUCCCGGAGGAAUCCUACUCGGGAAAAGAUCCUGACUAGAGCCUCUGCUACCGUCUCCGCCUCAAUGUUGGAGAGCGCCACUGCCUCAGGGUACCUGGUGGCGUAGUCCACCACCGUGAGGAUGUAGUGCUUUCCGGAGGAGCUGGGCUUCUUGAGGGGCCCUAUCAGGUCUACUGCUACUCUGUAGAAUGGUUCUUCUAUUAUAGGUAGGGAACGUAACUUGACCUUAGGGUGGUCCCCCCUCUUCCCUAUCCGUUGACAUGUGUCACAUGUCCUGCAGUACGUUUGCAAAUCUUUUGAUAUCCCUGGCCAGAAGAACAUCUGGGUAAGGCAGUCCUUAGUUUUCUUGAUACCCAGAUGUCCGGCUAGUGGGAUAUCAUGGCUGAGCUUUAGAAGUUCUGCUCUGUAUUUGCGGGGUACGACUAGCUCCCUUUUUAUAACUUGGACUGCCCCACUUCCCACUCCCCCUGUGACCCUAUAUAGAAGUCCCUUGUCCCAUUGGAAGUUCUUUUGGUCAUUACCUUCCUUAGGAGUACCUACUGCCUUCCUAUAACCGGCUAACGUAGGGUCUGUCUGCUGGGCUUGGCCAAAGUCCUGGGGGGUGCCCCAGAAAGGGAUAGGAUUAGUGGAUACUACAGGGUUUUCGGUUCCUACCUGUGGUUCCUUGGAGUGUGUUGGUCCAGCUCGGCGGGCUUGCGCCCUUGUAGUCAUGGGGCAGGUUCCGGCGGGAUCUGGGAUAGUCAGCUGUGAAGUUAGGUACCCCAAAUCGUUCCCCAACAAUACUUCCGCAGGUAGGCCGGACAUAAUGCCUACUUCCAUCUGUUUGGCUCCGGUGCCCCAAUUUAACUGCACCCGAGCUGUGGGAAGCUUGUAAAUGGCACCUCCUGUCACUCUUACUGCAACAGUCCUGUUGGUGCGUGCCUUUGUAGAUACGGUGUGAGGCUGCACCAGGGUUAGGGUGGCCCCGGAGUCUUGUAGUGCCUCUGCCUCUUUUCCAUCUACUGUGACCCAUUGUCUGUGGUGCACCCGGUUGUCCCCCUCGGCUUGGGUUAGGUUCACCUCAUGUAGUACGGCCCAUUGUUCCAAAUCAGGGUUGUUGUCUUCAAGCGGCUCGUGCUGAUAGUGAUGAGCGGCUGCCCUCGUUGGUGGUGGCGAUGGCCGAUCCCAAUUGCCUCUGCUCCACUGAAGGGCUGUGUAUUUUGUAAUGCCCUGGCUGAUUACACUGGUGACAUAAGUUAGGCUGUGUCAUGGGUGGUACCGCGUUCGGUCUGGGGUUGGUCACAGGCCUUGGCAUUGGAAUGCUGGACCUCACCAGAGGACGGUUUCCACUAGCCUCUCCUUUUCUUCCCUCGUGAUGCUCGUCUGCCAGCUUGGCCACUUCCUCGACUGUGGCCGGCUAUCUCUAUCUCUGACCCAGUCCCUGGUGUCUGCAGGGGUAUGAUCAAAAAAUUGUUCUCGCAGGAGGAGUUGCAGCACCUCCUCUAGUGUCGUGGCCUGGCAGCCUUGUAUCCAGUUUUGGCUGCCCAUUCUGUGUGGGAGCUCGGCCCCUUUUCCGUAAUGUCCAAAACUUUUUCCUGUAAGUCUCUGGGGUCAAGGCAUACCUGGCUAGCAGAAUUUCCUUUACCCUGAUGUAGUCGUGUAUGGCUGUAUCAGGAACUGCUCGGUGCGCCUGUGCUGCUCGGCCAGUGAGUUUGCUGCUUAAAAUCGCGGCCCAUUGCUCUGAUUCCAGACCCUCCAAACCGCACUGACGUUCAAAGUCCUGUAGGUAUGUGUCAAUUUCCAUUUCUCCAUCCGAAAAACUUUUAAAAGCAGCAUAGUUAAUCCUUCUCCGCUGCCCUCCAUUUAUAGAUCCAGAUAAGGAAGCGGUGUCUCCUUGGUUUAAGCUUGCCUGUUGUGCUCUACGUUCUGUGCUCACCUGGGCCAAGACUUGCGUCACCAUCUCCGGUGUAGGAUUUGGCCCAUAUAGGUUUAGCCUCCACCUCACCUUCUGUUGAAACUCUGCUUCCUCCCGCACUGCCUGCAGGAAUGGUUCAAGGGCAAGGACGAAGAGCAGCAGCGACAGGGAGCAUCCCUGUCUUGUUCCGUUACAUAUAGGGAAUGUCUCUGUGUAAACCCCACUGAUGCAUAUCCGUGCAGUAGGUGAUGAAUAUAGGGCCUGUAUCCAUUGUCGCAUGUGUUGUCCAAUCCCUAACUCCUCUAGUUUGCAAAUAAGAAGUCCCAACCCACCCUGUCGAAGGCCUUCUCCACGUCUGUAGAUAGAAGAAGAAGGCUCUCCAAUUGGCGCUGGGUGUAUCAGGGACAGGACUCUUGUGGUUUUAUCUCGUGCCUCCCUAUUCGGGAUGAACCUUACCUGGUCUGAGGGGAGAAGGGACCUUAGUCUAUUCACCAGGAUUUUUGUAAACAGUUUUAGAUUGCAGUUUAGUAAUGAGAUGGGGCAAUAGUUUGCACACUGCUCAUUAUCCUUGCUCUCUUUUGGUAAAAUAAUAAUGUUUGCUGCUUGCGUUUGAGUGGGGAUGAGAUGGCCACUGGUGAUGGAAUUAAACGCGUUUACAAAUGCGGGUAUAGAGUGGGUGCAAAGAGUUUGUAAUAUUUCAUGGGCAGGCUGUCCGGGCCAAGGCUCUUUCCUGUCUCGGUGUGUUUUACUGCGGAUGCUAAUUCUUCCAUUGUGAUGGGGGCCUCUAAGGGAGAGAGUCAGCUGUGAUGCAUGUGUGCACAUAUUGUGAGAGGUAAGUGCGUUGAUGGGUAGCAGGAUGUGUGGAGGGGGAAGGCAGGCCAUACAGGGAAGACUAGUAAUCUUUUAUCAAUGUUGCAAUCUGAUCUGGAAGGUGGCAUUGUGUCUAACAUUUUGUGUUCCUAUCUGGUCUGUCAGGUCCUGUAUGACUCUCCCCCUAGCUUUCUUAAGGGCUGUACUUUGUGAAAUGAAUGUGCCCCUAAUAACGCUUUUGUGGGCCUCCUGUCUCAGGUUUGAGAGAAGGGACUCGUGGCAUCUUCAACUAGCUACCUUUGGCCUGUGGAGUGGGGAAGCUAAUGUCAAACUGAGGGGAGCGUGAUCACACCAGGUGACUACGCCAAUUGAAGAUUUUUGUAGGGUUAAUCCUUGGUAGAAUGGCAUGAAAAAAUAGUCAAUGCAUGUAUAGCAUGAGUUGGACACUGAAUGAUAUGUGUAAUCCUUAGCGGUGGGGUGCACAGCCCUCGAGCAGUAAGUCAGCUUAUACUGGUGCAAUAGCUUGCGAAUUGUUAGUAGGGUAUGUGGUGGUGUCGAGGAUCAUCCGUGAAGGUGUCAACGGUGGGGGGCAACGCUAUGUUGAAGUCCCCCCACCAGAACCAGAAGUCAGCAAGACUUUUAAGAGCAGAGCGUAAGAACCUUCCCUGUCUGGUGUUGGGGGCAUAGACAUUGGCGAUGGUGUAUGGAGUGUCAAUGAUCUUUCCCCGCAUGAAAAUGUAACGGCUGGCCCAGCCUGUCAGAGUGGACUCAGCAACAAAUGGGAUGGAUUUUUGUACAAGUAUAGCUGUGCCUUUAGAUUUGCCCUGGUGUUUGUCGCAAAAAAAUCCUUGUGAGCCUAGUUUAAAGUGGGUUUCCUGCAGGUAGACAAUGUGUGCAUGUGUGCUCCGGUAGUGUCGGAGUGUGUAGGAUCUUUUCUCUGGGACGUUCAGUCCACAAACAUUCAGAGAGGUUUAGGGGUGCAGUGACAUAUGUCGGCUCUGGGGAUGGAGUCGGCCUGGCAUUGUGUGGGUACAGGCCAUGUGAAGCCCCCAAUCCCCUACAAAGAGGGGUGAUGGGUGAAAAGAAAAAGAUGGGUUUGAAGGAAAAGAGAACAAGGCGAGAAAAAAAAAGGUCGAUGGAGUAGGAAGUUGGCUAGGGGAGUGUCGGGGGGGAAGGACAGGCAUGGAGUGGGGGGAAAACUGUAGCGUGAUCAGUUUAGGUCUCCAGCCUAAUUAAGGCGCCAGUGUAGGGAGGGCCAGAGGCUCCCACUUCUAUGAUACGGUACUGAGAGGUCCCCCCUCCUAUGUCUAUACACACUGACCUCUGAGGAUGCGGUUGGCACUUGGUCAACAGAUAAUAAGUAACAAAUCAAGUAGAACAGUUACAACAACACAGAGUAUUGGAAUGUUGUAAGGAUGUCCCAGUAUGCGACAGGGUCGCAACAUGCACAGAGUAAGCCUGCUUCCUGGUCACGAACCCUGCACGGCAUCCUUGGACCCCUGACUUGUCUAAGUUAGAAACAAUGCAAGCAGCCAGGAGAUUGCCCACAGCUAGUCUCCUCUGCUUAAGUCAAGGGGAUAAGUGGAUUGGUGCAGUGUGUUUGGAGUGGGAGCGCUGGGUGGUAAAGGGUGACACAGAAAGUUCUCCCCGUCUGACCAACAUUAGCGUGGCCAUGGCUGGCCAGAUGUGUCUGGGCCAUCAUCUUAGGUGCUGAGGCAGGUAGAGCUGGGAACGUCAAACCUGCAGCUUAGAAACUUAGAUGUGUUUGGAUUUGAGAGUGGUAACUGGAUCCUCUGCAUCUGUGAGCAUGUAAGUGGCGUGGAUACUCCUGGCUGCCCAAAGAGAGAGGGGAUAGAGAGGAGAGAGGAGAAAAAAAGAAAAUACAAUCUUCAGUUUAUAAACAUAUCACAUAGAGUUUUACACUCGGUUAUGUAGCCUUCCCCACAACCCCACAACCCGGUUGAACUCAGCGAUGAGCCCCAAUCCUCUGUAAGUCCCCCAUGUGGGUGUGCGUGUAGGUUAAGAUCCCAGACAAGGUAAGGGUGUGUCGCCACCUGAGGGAGGAUGGCCUCUCGGUUAUGGAGUGUCCAUCAGGGGAUCACGUAUUGUUAUAUGGCAAUCACACACACACGGUGGGGUUUUGUGGUGUCCGUGGGGUUGCGUGUGUAUAAUAGUCCUCCACAGCCCCUUCCUGAGGGUCAGGCCCUCCCUAAUCAACAAAGUAUUGCGUUAAUAAAUCUCCCCCUGAGAAAGCAGUCCGCCAUUCCAUAAUACCCAUCAGCUCUCUAGGACGGCCUUCUGAGUCUCGGAACUGCGGUACCAGGGAAGUCGGCAGUGAGCGACAGUCCAAGUCGUUCAGCAUUGAGACCCAGAUUCAAAGGGAAAAUACAUGCCACAGUGGUUUUAGAGAUAUUUGGUCAGAGAUUAGGUCAAUGUGAGGCAAUGUACAGAUCAGGAAUUAUGUACGUGGCCGUGGUGUAAAUAAGCCUUGGGUGUCGAUCACAGUGGUGGCCUGUGAGAGAUCCAGAAAUUAAUGCAGAAGGUAAAAAAACUUCAGCAUUACUGGUGCAUCCCAAGCACACUGCAGAGACAGGUCGUGAUAGCUGGGGUUAUGUUGGGCCCUUGAAUUCUGAGUAGAUAAGUUGGUAGGGACGCAUCCCAGGUGCAAGGGUAGGAUAAGUGCUACUGUUCUUGAGGAGGUACAUGGUAGGAGAUCAGGGAAGCCCAUGCAAAAUAAAAUCAGGAACUAUGUGCAUGGUAGCGGUGUAGGCAAAUAUAAUAAAAAAGGACUCAGAGGUACGUCAUGCUAACCAGGUAUAUGCUGGGAGCUUGCGGUCAGAGAGGGUGGUUUAGCAAGAUGCACCCAAAGGACGGGUAGCCUUCUGGCAUUCCCAACGGUGUCUUUGUGGCAAUGCAGGCCUUGGGUAAGGUGGCCAUGGUUGAGCAUAAAAAUCCAGUGGAUCAGGCCAGUGCAUGUUAAUUGCAGGCAAUUGUAGCUCGCGGCCCAGGUCCACAAAAUCGCCAUGUGUACAGACCAAGAAGGGUCCAGGUUGGGUCAAAACCAGCAGUCCUGUUGGCAUCUGCCAGCGGUAGCGAAUUUUCUGCGUUUGAAGGGUCCUGGUCAACAGUUUCAGCACUAUGUGAUACCCCAGGGUAGCCGGGGAUAGGUCUGGGAAGAGUUGCAGGGAGCAUGCUUGGUAGGUGAUAGAUGGGCGAUCCCUGGCUUGUCUCAGGAUUUCCUCCUUCAAUGCAAAAUUAGUCAGGCAGGUAUCCUGUGGUGUCUAUCAGGAGGGCCCUUUGGGCAGAGGGCAUGGUGUGCGCGCACAAAUUCAAUGGGGACCUAUGUUUCCCGGCCCAGGAUCAACAGGUAUAUUUCUUUUAGAUGGGUUUGGAGUUGGGCUGAGGUUUCCUCACCUUCUUGGAGGCUGCAAAGCCUGAAGUUAUUGCGGUGUCCGCGGUUAUCCAAGUCCUCCACUUGCAGGGCCAUCCCUCUCAUGAGCACAGAAUGAGUAUCCUGAGUUUCCACUACUAUUGCCUGUGAUUCCCUGAGUAUGUAGCAGGCAGCCUCCACAUGGCCCACACGGUCUGCACGGCCUUGAAAUUCCACCUACAAGGCCUGUAUGUCUGCCUUACUGGAGGACCGCAGUUUAGCCUUUGCGUCCCUGAGGUCGAAUUUGGUCGGCAAGACUCGGAUGAGUUCGAGCCGGUAAGCCCUGUCAGCAGGUUCAGUCUGAGCUCAGUGAAGGUGGUGCCGAGCCCUCUGACAUGGCGGAGUUUCCCGAGUCCAGCGGCGGUGUCGCCAGAUCCGUCGGCUUCACUAGGUACUGCCAUAGGGAGGAUGUUUGUGGGCCCUUUCUGGGGUUGGGGGUCUUACCUGCUCCAGAAGACCUAGUAGAUUUCCCAUGGUGCCCCUACUAGUGGGGCAAAAACCUUGCUUUUGUCAUAGGGUCUUGAGAAACAGAAAAUUCAAGCGCCCAUUUUCUUCAGCAGCCAAGCCACACACCCCUGACUUGUUAUUAUUACAUUAACUUGUAAAGAACCUCUAAUUCUCCAGCACUGUAAAGUAGAUGAAUUAAGGACACUUAUUGAAAUCUAAAUCAUCGUCUUAAUAUUAACUCCAUAGUUGACCCUUGUAACGGAUCGCCUGGCACCCCGACUGGGUACCUCCGUUGAAAGAUGCUCCUAGCGCUUCCUGAGGACUCCAAGCACUGCAGCAGACGCCACAAUCACCUAACCAGAGAAGCGUAUACCCUCUCUCAAGCAUAUGAAUGCUGUAGACAGUUGAAUAGGAACCAUACGAAUAGGUUUACUCUCCUAGCAGUCAAACUGGAACAGCAUACAAUAAAUCCUUCCCCCAAUAAUGAGACGACACUUCACUUUGAGGGUUAAAACAGGAACUCCCUGUACUGUCACAUACAGUCUCUUUUAUUCCCAAUCCACAAACAUAGUACAGCCCACAGGGCGUUACAAAACAGCCAAUCAAUCCAUACAAUACACCCAGACACUCCCACACAAAAUCCUCCCCUCUGGCUGUGAUAUGAUUACUGAACACAAUGGGUAAUCUAAUUAUCACAGCCAGAGAAAUACAGUUUCAUAAAACACAUCACAGGGACCCCAAAACAUGCAAUAACCCCAUAAAAAAAAAAUAUAUCCUUGGAACUGGGGGAUCUGGGUGAACCACAUAUCCAAAAUUCGCCCAGAUUCGUUCAGUACUUUGGAAAAUACAGUUUAAUGCAGAUUCUGCAGAACAUAUACAGGCUAAAUAAAAAAUAAUCACUCUAUAAUGUGUCCCCUGCUGUAUAGUCCAAAACCACCGCACGAUGUCUCUGUGCAACAAAUACUGGCGAGAUGGCACCGUGUUGAAAAGUCCACACAGUGUCUGUGAGUUAAAAUGGCCGCCAUCCAUUGUUCUCACCAUGUGCUUCUGAUACAGGAAAUGGUGGCCACCCAGUAACUCCACAGUAUGUCCCAGAUGGUUCUUAAAAGGGCCAGCAGCAGCACAACACAAAUCCAUUAUGCCCAAAUCAUGUCUUUAAAGGGCAAUACAUCCCAGGGGCCAUAGUCACAUGGCAGGAGGCUGGCAACCAGGCUUCUCCAGUGCAUAGUGGCGAGGUUGGUUCCGCCACAACCCUCUUCAGUCUGGCUUCUGCUCUAUUCAUUCUAUUGAAAUAAGAUUAAUGACUUAAAGGACCACUAUAGUGCCAGGAAAACAAACUCGUUUUCCUGGCACUAUAGUGUUAAUAGGUCCCCCCCACCCUCAUGGUCCCUCUCCCGCCGGGCUCUAGGGAGAGGAAGGGGUUAAACGCUUACCUUUCUCCAUCACCGGGCUGCCUCACCGCUGGGGACUCUCCUCCCUCUUCCGCCAAACGUGCAUGCGCGGCAAGAGCCGCGCGCAUUCAUUCAGUCCAUAGGAAAGUAUUUCUUAAUGCUUUCCUAUGGACACAAGCGUCUUCUCACUGUGAAAAUCACAGUGAGAAGCGUGGAAGCGCAUAUCAAUGAGACAGCCACUAGAGGCUUGAUUAACCCUAAUGUAAACAUAGCAGUUUCUCUGAAACUGCUAUGUUUACAGCUGCAGGGGUAACCCUAGAUGGACCUGGCACCCAGACCACUUCAUUGAGCUGAAGUGGUCUGGGUGCCUAUAGUGGUCCUUUAAUCUCUGCUAAAUCUGAAGGUCACUACUCUUUUUAAAUUUCCUCAACCUCUCUGUUGCUUUUGAUACUGUUAACCACACUCUUCUUUUUCAAACCUUCCACAACAUUGGACUCUGUGAGACUUUACUUUCCUGGUUUAUAUUUUAUUUUACAGAAUGCUGGAGCCACUUCAUCCCACUAGCCAUAUCAGUUGGUGUUUCCCAAGGCUCUAUCCUUGGUCCUCUUGUAUUGUACAUUUACACUACCUUUCUCCAUAACCUUACUUGCAAUUCCUCCCCUGACUCUCUCCUGCCCCCCUGGAACACGUCACAAAUUGCCUCUCUUCUAUUGUACUUUUUUAUAAAUGGCGAGCUAAUGAUUGAUUUAUAGUGUUGGCUGGUCACUCUAACCAAUAGGUGGCGCCCCUGUACCGGGUUACAUUAAUGAGCUGCACAAGCCAAUCUUGUGUGAGCCUUUCUCAAGAAAGGCUUCUUUUUUGAUGGAGAAAAACUCACAAAGGAGCUGAAACAUUACUGUUGUCCAUAUGUAAAUAAACAUUCCAUAUGGAUGUAAUCUGUGUACAUCCACUGGAUGAUUGUGGGUUAGCUAUCUGGCCUGAGGAGCACCAGACCCUGAUUGAGUGGGCCAUGUAUGUGAAUUUGAGUGUCUAGUAGUAUGUUUAUGUGUCUUUAUGUGUGUCUGGUGGUGUGUAUUUGUGUGUCUCUGUGUUUUUUUAAAAAUGAGUAUGGAACAUAUCCAUGUAUGUGUAUGGCUGGGAAUGUGUAUGUUUCUAUUUUGUUAUAUGUGUGUGCAUGCCCAUGAUUUCUGAUAGCAGCCUUGAACAUAACCAAUGAGAAAGGAGACGGUCUACAAUGAGUUUGUGUAUUUGUCUGGUUUGAUAUGUGUAUUUGUGUCUUGGAAUGUGUUUGCCUCUGUACAUAUGUAUCUGUGUUGGCAAGUAUAUAUCCAGGGCCGGUGCGUCCAUAAGGCGGCACAUGCGGCCGCCUUAGGGCGCACGGGCUCUGGGGGCGCAAUAUUUCAGUGACCGGCAGGAGGAAAGCUCUCCUUCCUGCCAGGCCACCAUCUCGACCCCCGGCGCGGCAGUGCUGUGAUCAGGCGCGGCGAGGGAGCUCUAAUCUCCACCCUCUGCUCCCUCGCGCGCUGCCUACUGAUGCCGCGGGAGCCGGAAUAUGACGUCAUAGUCCGGCUCCCGCGGCAUCAGUAGGCAGCCCGCGAGGGAGCAGAGCGUGGAGAUUAGAGCUCCCUCGCCACGCCUGAUCACAGCACUGCCGCACGCCUCUCAGCAGCCCCAGCCCCCCCAGCCCUCAGGGACCGAUCCAUCAUCCACACCAGCUCUCCCGGUAGGGAGGCUGGGUGGAAAAUGUGUAUUUAUAAAAUAAUUAGUAAAUGUAUGUGAUGUGUGUCUGUGAGUGACUGAGUGUGUGUGUCUGUGAGUGAUUGUAUGAGUGUAUAUGCAUGUGUAUGUCUGAGUGACUGAGCGUGUGUGUCUUUGAGUGACUGUGUGCGUCUGUAUGUGUGUCUGUGACUGACAGCGUGUGUGUCUGUGAGUGACAGUGUGUGUGUCUGUGAGUGACUGUGCGUCUGUGUGUGUGUCUGUGAGUGACCGCAUGUGUGUGAGUGUGUGUGCAUGUGUGUGUCUGAGUGACUGAGCGUGUGUCUGUGUGUGAGUGACAGUGUGUGUGUCCAUGAGUGACUGUGUGCGUCUGUGUGUGUCUGUGAGUGACAGCGUGUGUGUCUGUGAGUGACAGUGUGUGUGUCUGUGAGUGACUGAGUGUGUGUGUGAUUGUAUGAGUGUGUGUGCAUGUGUGUGUCUGAGUGACUUAGCGUGUGUCUGUGAGUGACAGUGUGUGUGUGUGUGUGUGUGUGAGUGAUUGUAUGAGUGUGUGUGCAUGUGUGUGUCUAAGUGACUGAGCGUGUGUCUGUGAGUGACUGUGUGUGUCUGUGAGUGACAGCAUGUGUGUCUGAGUGACUGAGUGUGUGUGUGUGAGUGAGUGAUUGUAUGAGUGUGUGUGUCUGAGUGACUGAGCGUGUGUCUGUGAGUGACAGUGUGUGUGUGUGUCUGUGAGUGACUGUGUGCUUCUGUGUGUGUGUCUGUGAGUGACAGUGUGUGUUUGUGAGUGAGUGACUGUCUGUGUGUCUGUGAGUGAUUGUAUGAGUGUGUGUGCAUGUGAGUGAGUGUAUGAGUGUGUCUGUCAGUGUAUGAUGAGUGUGUUUGUCAGUGUAUGAGUGUGUGUCUGUCAAAUCAGUGAGAGUAUGUUUGUCAUUGAGUCUGUGUGUGACUAUCAGUGUGUCUGUCAAUGAGUGUCAAUCAGUGUGGGUCUGUCAGUGUCAAUGAAUGAGUGUGUGUCAGAUCAAUGAGUCUGUGUCUAUCAGUGACGUCUGUGUGUUUGUCAUUGAGUGUGUGACUGUCAGUGUGUACAGAGUGUAGUGGAGCACAGCGCGGUACAGGAGCUUCUGUUUCCUGUACCUGGCCAGACUGACAGGAGGUGCUCACAGAGAGAGCACUCCCUGUCAGUCCGUCCGGGUACAGAAAACUGAAGCUCCUUUAGGGGAUCUAAGAGAGAUUCUGGUUAAGAGGCACAUAGGUGAAGAUUUUUUUUUGGGGGGGGGGGUGGGGGCGGAAAAAUGCAUCUUCGCCUAUGUACCUAAAAAUCCAAGCACCAGAAGAAAAUGAUUGGGGAGGCUCUAAAAUUUCUGAUGCCCAGCUAGGUUUAAUGACCCUCUGGUACUUCAGUGACAUAUAGAGAGCAGCAUGUCGCUGUCUAACCCAAGACCUCAACUUCUAGCAGCAAAUUGCUGCUAGUUUCCUGUUAGAGAAUAGAGAGCAUUUGAGGACUCCAAGACAAUAAUCCAGCAUACAGGGAGAAAGGACAGGCGAGGAGAGGUAGAUUUUAAAAAGCCAUAUUAUAUCACAUCACCAAGAGAGGCAAGGUAAACUGAGAAAAGAAGAGGUCACAGAACAGAGCCUUGAGGAACCCCAAGAGAGGUACAGAAGGUGGGGAGGAGGAACCAGAGAAGACACUGAAGGAACAGUUAGAAAGGUAGAAAGAGAACCAGGAGAGAGCAGUGCCAGGUCCGAAUGUUGGAAAGAAUGUAUGUAGUCAGGUGGAAUGAGCAGCAAUCAUUUGGUAGCUAUUACUUUUUCAAGUUGAAAUCUGUAUAAACUUUCUUAAAUAGCAUUAUAUUAUGAUUUCCAAUAUUUAAGAAUGUAGUAAUACAUAUGGCAUGAACUUUAACACAUGAAUAAAACUGAAGUUAUAUCAACCGUUCAAGAAGAAUCUUGAAAGCCUGCUGGUUUUCUCAUUUAUACCUUUCUUCAAAGUGUUUUUUUUUUGGCACGGCUCAGGAGCACAUGAUGGUAUGUGAAUAACUGCUGCUUUGCUUUCUUCCUGCCAGUAGUGUGUUUGCAUAGCCACUCCAUAUAUUAUAGUCUGGACUGUGUUCCUUACGCACACCUUCCCAUAUACCUUAUGCCACAUCACCACAGUAUUUUAUGUUAAAUGCAAUAGCAUUUUACUAGGACGAUAAUCAUACACACAUAUACAUACAUACAUUUAUUUACACACACAUGUAUACACUAGCUAUCAAUCUAUCCAUCUGUCUGUCUGUCUGUCUAUCAUCAGGGGGUACAUGUGGCACUUCAAUAAGAUUUCUGGUCCUGCUUUGGGGCCUUGUUACUCUAUGCACUUCAGUGUAAAGAAUACACAAGCAACGUAUACCCUUAAUGGAAGCGAAUUAGGGAUAACAACACACGAAAAGGACUUGGGAAUUGUUAUAGACAACAAACUAUGCACCAAUGUGCAAUGUCAAUUAGCAGUGGCCAAGGCCAGUAAGGUAUUGUCAUGCAUGAAAAAGGGCAUUCAUUCUCUGGACGAGAAUAUCAUUUUGCCUCUUUAUAAAUCACUGGUAAGACCCCAUAUUGAAUAUGCUGUGCAAUUUUGUGCACCUGUUCUAAAGAAGGAUAUUAUGGAACUGGAAAAAGUGCAGAGGCGGGCUACAAAAUUAAUAAAAGGAAUGGAACAUAUCAGCAAUGAAGAAAGGUUAACAAAUUUCAACCUAUUUAGUUUAGAAAAACAUCGCCUGAGAGGGGAUAUGAUAACAUUAUACAAAUAUAUUCGGGGCCAAUACAAACCAUUGUGUGGAAAUCUAUUCACAAACCGGACUUUACACAGGACACGAGGCCAUGCAUUUAGACUGGAAGAAAGAAGAUUUCGUCUAAGGCAAAGGAAAGGUUUUUUUACUGUAAGAACAAUCAGGAUGUGGAAUUCUCUACCUGAAGAAGUGGUUUUAUCAGAGUCCAUACAGAUGUUAAAACAGCUACUAGAUGCAUACUUGCAAAAACAGAAUAUUCAAGGAUAUAAUCUUUCAAUGUAGGGUAAUAGCUGCUUGAUCCAAGGAUAAAUCUGACUGCAAUUCUGGGGUCAAGAAGGAUUUUUUUCCUAGCUUGUUGCAAAAUUGUGCUUCAAACUGGGUUUUUUUGCCUUCUUUUGGAUCAACAGCAAAAAACAAAUGUGAGGAAGGCUGAACUUGAUGGACGCAAGUCUCUUUUCAGCUAUGUAACUAUGUAACUAUGUAACUCAUUUUAGAUCUCUGGGGUCCUUCCCAUAUUGUACUGACUGCCCCCAGCACGGCUGUAGUGGGAGAAAGUGAUGUCAGAUCACUUGCUCUCAGUUUUCAAAGGAAGGAAGUAGCUCAAGGUCGAUAUUUGGAGUCUUGUGGUCCUUUUCUUUUCACAUGCCAAGUUAAUGUUUUUGGUUUUUUUUUCAUGUAUCAGAGUCUAAAGCUGUAAAUGUAUUUUGAUUUUAGCCAUUCUGGCAUAGUGAGUAAAAUUGAGUUUUCUUUUGUCUAAUUAUGAGUGCUCCAAAACAACCUUUUGUUUUGUCAAUAUUUUUCUUCGUUCACAUUAACUGGAGUGUUCUGUACACAGUAAUCUAACAAUGUAGCUUAGUGUCAGUUGACUGUGAAUGGGGAUUAAAGCGGCUCUGUCACCCCACCCUCCAAAAUAGUAUUUAAUAGAUAGGAUCUUUAUGAAAUAGUCACAUUUAAUGAAAUUCCAACCCAGUCAAAAGUUACACUGAGACAAACUAGGGACUAAUUUGUCUUUGUAUUUUUCCUAUGCUUUACAAAGCUGGACACUGGGCGGAGCUACCUUUUCACAAGUUUGUCAUUUCCCAAAGCAGUCAGCGAUGAUUGUAGGGAAACCAAGCUCUUUCUAUGGAAGAUCACAUGGUUGCGCAUGCUUGAGAGAACAGCAUUGCCAUACUGAACCGCCAGUAGCUAAAGAGGGCUGGACUAAAGAGACAGGUUCAGGUAUGCAUAAAAUACCUUUCCCUGCACCUGCGGCCCACAGCUUACGCAAAGAACCCAGACGGUGACAGAACCUCUUUAACUCUAAAUUGAGGCACAAAUCACUGAUCUGCAGACACAUUUCUCACUUAGAUCCGGCAGUACACGCAUAUCUUUUGCAUGAGAGAAUAUGAUUGGCUGGCUGCUAUCCAUGGCCAGCCAAUGGAAGUUAACAGCGCUCUUUCAGUGUUUGUUUCUCUGCCUCUUCUCCCCAACUCCUCUCUGUUGGUGUCCCCCAAGGUUCAGUCCUUGGUCCCCUACUGUUCUCCAUCUAUACUGCCUCCUUUGGUAAACUCAUUAGCUCCUUUGGCUUCCAAUAUCAGUUCUAUGCAGAUGACAUGCAAAUCUACCUGUCCUCUCCUGAUCUCUCCCAGUCCCUCUUGACUAGUGUCUCUGAUUGCCUCUCUGCUAUUUCUAACUGGAUGGCUGCCCACUUCCUUAAACUAAACUUAACCAAAACUGAAAUUCUGGUCUUUCCUCCCUCAAGUGUUGUUACUCCUGUGUCUGUCUCCCUCCAAGAUCUACGGUGCUACCAUCAGCUUCACCAGGCAGGCUCGCUGCCUAGGUGUUCUCUUUGAUUCCGACCUCUCCUUCAAGCCUCAUGUUCAGUCUAUCGCCAAAUCCUGUUGUUUCCAUCUCAAAAACAUUGCGUGCAUCCGCCCCUACUUAACACCAGAUGCAACUAAGGUGCUGGUCCAUUCUACUGUCCUUUCUCGUCUUGACUACUGUAAUCCGCUUCUCAUUGGUCUUAAAUGCUCCCAACUUGCGCCAUUACAGUCCAUAAUGAAUGCGGGGGCGAGGCUCAUCUUCCUGUCUGCCCGCACCUCCCACGCCUCACACUUCCGUCAGUCCCUACAUUGGUUUCCUAUAAGAUAUAGAGCUCAAUUUAAAAUUCUGGUUCUUGCUUUCAAAUCUCUACAUAAUGUUGCUCCCACCUAUCUAUCCUCCCUUAUACACAAGUAUGUCCCGUCUAGGACCUUACGAUCUGCUGAAGACUUACGUCUACUAUCCGUACUACCACCUCUGAUGCUCGCCUUCAAGAUUUCUCGAGGACUGCACCGUUCCUGUGGAACUCGCUUCCCUCCUCCGUUAGAUGCUCACCCAGUCUCCACUCCUUCAAAAUAUCGUUAAAAAUCCACUUCUUCAUAAAAGCAUAUCAAUUAAACUGUUAAUAGCUCCCGACUGAUUCCUCUUCUGCAACUGUCACUAGUCUAAUACUAUCCUUACCUUUUUGUGUCAUUUUACCCCACUCCCUCUAGCAUGUAAGCUCAUUGAGCAGGGCCCUCAACCCCUCUGUUCCUGUGUGUCCAACUUGUCUGGUUACAUCUACAUGUCUGUUCUUCCACCCAUUGUAAAGCGUUGCGGAAUUUGAUGGCGCUAUAUAAAUAACAUAAUAAUAAUCAAAGUUCACAUAGACAAUAGCAAAAUCUGUCAGGAUUAGUGUGUGGGUGAAAUUAUCUGCAGAUUUACUCACAGUCCGUCAGUGGCUCCCCAGGACUCACUGCUACAUGGAGUAUUUCAGUCAUGGGUCAAACUGCACUGUGUAAUGUGAAUAUGAUGCUCACUGAGAAUGCUAAAGAAUAUUUAAAUGCCCAUGGGGGAAAAAACAAGACAGGAUAAAGGUGCAAAGAAAACAAAAUUCAAGGAGGAAAUUAUCUAAAAAAAGUAUGGCAAGAUAUUCCUUUGUCUUGGUGCUUAUUACUGACAUCUGCAGCAAUUGGUGUACAUUGUCAGUUAACAUAUACCAGAAGGGAUUUUGUUAUAAGUCAUUUGAAUUUGGAAUCUGAGAAAUCAGAAUGCUGUGUUAACACCCAUACAGUUAUUUAUAUGCUUGAAGACACAGAGAGAGGUCUAGUAAGUCUGAAAUUGUUAUAGUUAUUACAGACUUUACUGUCUGACAAGAGUUUAGAAAACAAAACUAUGCUGGCAAAAACAUGAUAUCCAAAGCUUAGCUCAAGCCAGCUACCGCCUCAUCUGUAGUACAACCUUGCUCCCAUUGCCUGUGUAGUUUUAUGCUUUAUGCUGUGAGGAUAUUUAUGGAGUGAUAAACAUUAAAAAUUAUAAAAAAAAAAAAAAACAAUAAUAAUUUUUAUUAUAUAAAAAAUUGAUAUAUUGGCAGUGUUCCCCUUGAUUAAUUUAAUGCAAAGAGUUACCCCCUAUUAUAGACCCUGGAGUAUGUUUUAUUAGUAUUUCACACAUUAAUCACAAAUGAUUAUAAAAAUAUAAUUUAUUGGGGGCGGGGCCUAGCUGUUAUGGUGGAGAGACGCAUUGUGAAUGAGCUCCUCCAAUAUCUCGAUGGAAAUUGUAUUUUGUAUCUUCACCAAACUAAAUCACGAUAAAUCAAGUUAAGCAAUUGCACUCCUGACUUACCUGACAAGUAGUGCUCCAGUAAUCACCUUGUCAAGAGCUUUGUUAUCACAUAGUGGCAGAGGUGGCCUAGUACAAACACGGCGAAGGGGCGGCCAACCUCCAGGCCUGGGAAUGCACAGGAGCAACCACUUUCAAGCAACAGCCCCGUUACAUCCUCCCCCCCUUUGGACCAGUGGGACUGAUCCCUAUCCACACCUCAGAGACGACCGAGAUUCAACAAGCCAGGGGUACGAACCCUUAGAAAUGGGAGAAAAGUUCUCAAAGACAUCCAACAUGGAGAAGACCGCAUGUCUUGUUAACCCCAGCACUGCACAACUUGAUUUUGAAGCCAGGUUGAACAAAAUAUUUGCUGACUUCUGGAGGAGGUUGCAGAACAGGGUCAGUGAGCACCAGCAACGAUGCAACGUCCCAGAGAAGAAAACCCAGCCCUCUAGAAAAUUCCCAAGCCGACCCCGGCGGCGAGACCUGGCUACAGGACAGAGGCAAACCCAAGAACAGAGGAGACGUCUAAUCCACCACAAGUCGGCAGGAGCUGGACGCAGCCUAGCUACAGGUCAGCUUAAGCGUGGGAUCCACCCUGCAAUAUCCAGACAGAAUGGCAUCCUAGAGGGACUUCUGGGGCCACAACUGGGCUCAUCGCUACACUCCCCCACGGUACUACCAAGGCCCACGAGCGUGCUCAUACGCCUGAUAACUGAUUUGCUGAAACAACACUCUGCUAAGCCCCAAAGUGGCAUUGUCUGAUGCGAAACCUGAACUCCUACCAGCUGGCAUUGUGCUCCUUCUAAUUAACACGCCUGAUUAACAUUGCCUGACACCUCCACUGUCGAUAUCUAUUUUAUUGUAUUUGUUUACAGUUAUGGUUUCCUCUUUUGGUUUAAAAUGUAUUGUGAUUCCUCAGCUCAAUGCCGUUAGAUAGGCACACUCUGCUUAUAUAACUUAAAACGUUACAAGUAUCUGGGCGCCUCUUAGGUGUUCUAAUCUCUCUGUCUGUCAUACUAUAUGUUUCCUAGCUUACCCAGGCAUUCUGACCAGAAACAUAUAGUACAGCUUGACUACUACUCUAUUAAAUCAAUACUUUAAUAAAUUUGUGCACGGUCUUUCAAAUGACUUGCAGUGUUCUGUCAUGUACCUCAAAUUGUCAUAUAUCUGAAAAUGCUUGCUAAUGCUGUUGGGGCAUGGCAGAUAUGUUUUAUAUCUUUAUGCACGACAAAAAUAAAGAAUUGAAUAUAUAUAUAUAUAUAUAUAUAUAUAUAUAUAUUAUUUAUUGUAACAAUUAAUAUUUGAAUAUUCAAGUAUAACAUAAGUAUACACUACAGCUGCAGUUAUAACACAAUUACAGAUAGCUCAAUAGCAACACAUUCCACAUUAAUUAAAUUUUCAACAAGAUUUACUAACGAAAACUUCAGCUUCAGCUAGACACUCCUUAACACAGAACACAGAUCCUGGCAUCACACAACAGCACAGCUUACAGACAUAACUUUUUCUGUCAGUUUGAAUCACACUGAGUUAACUCGUUCACUGCUGGCUACAAUGCUUACAGGAAAAACACCUUUAAUAUUGCAAUUAACAAAUACAAUAUUUCUCACAAAAAAAAUCAGUUAAAAUAUUCCUUUCCCAUUCAGUAACCAAAAUAAUAAUGGAACCAAAAUGUUUACACUGUAGAUGAUUAAAGAUUAACUAUCGCUGAGUUCAGAUAAGCCAAUAUCUCUGGAUUAUGGUUUGAUAUGCUAAACCUGGCAAAUUACCAGUAAAUAUAUUGGUCACUUAUUCCACCUGCAGCAAUGGAAUGUGGAACCAUAUAUUCCCUCAGCAAACUUAGAUUUCAAAAGUUAGAAAUCUGAUCAUCCAUAUCCAGGUAUAUUUCUACUUUUAGUAAAAAUGUAUUAAUUUAAAUUAAAUUAAAUAAAACCAACAUAUUUACCAGCUUUCUUGUAGAAAUUCUUUAAGCUUGGAGAUGUAUUCCUUCCAUGAUGACUGCAGAUAUGAGUAAGUUUUUAAAUGGAGAUUGUAAUUAAGACCGUUCUGAUUAUUAAAGGAUUCCAGAUUUAAUUGGAAGAGAUACAUUGUUAGAUUAAGGUUGUCAUCUAGACUUUGGUCAAUAGAUGGUGUUGUAACUAUUACAUUGUCUGCCUACCUUUAAGUCAUCAGAAAAUAAUCACCUCUAAAUCCCUAUCCUCAGAUGUGGAGGUUAGGACUCUAUCAAAUAUUCUGUACUCUGCCCUUGGGUUUUUUACGUCCAAGAUGCAUUAUCUUUCACUUAUCCACAUUAAAUGUCAGUUGCCACAGCUCUGACCAUUUUUCAAGUUUACCUAAAUCAUUUGCCAUUUGGCUUAUCCCUCCUGGAACAUCAACCCUGUUUCAUAUCUUAGUAUCAUCAUCAAGACCUUCUGCAAUAUCACUAAUAAAAAUAUUAAAGAGAAUGGGUCCAAGUACAGAUCCCUGAGGUACCCCACUGGUGACAAGCCCAUGCCUCGAAUAUACUCCAUUGACUACAACACUCUGUUGCCUGUCACUCAGCCACUGCCUUACCCAUUCAACAAUAUUGGAAUUCAAACUUAAAGAUUGCAGUUUAUUGAUAAGCCUUCUAUGUGCAACAGUGUCAAAAGCCUUACUGAAAUCUAGGUAAGCAAUGUCUACUGCACCACCCUGAUCUAAUAUUUUAGUUACCCAAUCAAAAAAAUCAAUAAGAUUCGUUUGGCAUGAUCUCCCUGAAGUAAACCCAUGUUGUCUCUGAUCUUGAAAUCCAUGUGUUUUUAGAUGUUCAACAAUCCUAUCCUUUAACAUGGUUUCCAUUACUUUUUCAACUACUGAAGUAAGGCUUAUUGGCCUAGAGUUGCCCGACUCCUCCCUACUACCUUUCUUGUGAAUGGGCACAACAUUCGCCAACUUCCAAUCUUCUGGGACUGCUCCUGUUAAGAAUGAUUGGUUAAAUAAUUAUGUUAAUGGUUUUGCUAGCACACCACUAAGCUCUUUUAAUAACUUUGGGUGUAUUCCAUCAGGUCCCAUUGACUUAUUUGUCUUUACUUUUGACAGUUGAAAUAGAACCUCUUCCUCUGUAAACUCACAUGUAACAUUUGUCCUUUUUCCUAACUGAGGCCCUUUUCCUUCAUUUUCAUCUUUAAAUACUGAACAAAAAUAUUCGUUGAGGCAGUCAGCUAGACCUUUCUCCCCUUCUACAUACCUUCCUUCUUUUGUAUUUAAUCUAACUAAUCCUUGUUUUACUUUUCUUUUCUCAUUUAUGUAUCUAAAAAAUGUUUUGUCCCCGUUUUUUUUGCUGACUGUGAUAUUUUCUCUUCUGUGAUUUGGAAGCUUUUAUAACUUGCUUAGUCUCUUUCUGCCUAAACUUAUAGAUCAUUCUGUCUUCCUCACUCUGGGAUUUUUAUAAUUGCUAAAUGCUAACUUUUUGUUUUUUUACUGUUUUGGCCACAUCUGGGAGUACCACAGUGGUUUCUUGAAUUUAUUGCUUUUACUGACAAGCCUAAUGCAAUUUUCUGUUGCCUUCAAUUAGUGCAACUUUUAAUCCCAUUUCUCUUGGACUCCAUUUAAAUUGCUCCACUCUGAUAAUAACUCCUUUACACAUAUUCUAAUUUUAGAAAUGUCUGUUUUUUUUAAAGUCUAAAAACAUUUGUUUUUGUGUGGUGUGACUCAGUCACUGUUCUUAUAUUAAACCACACUGACUGAUGAUCACUGGAUCCUAAACUUUCACCUACAGUAAUAUCUGAUACUAAAUAUAUAUUUGUUAACACUAAAUCUAGUAUGGCCUCUUUACGAGUAGGAUCCUCAACAACUUGUUUUAGAGACAAUCCCAGUAGGGAGUUUAGAAUAUGUGUGCUCCUGGCACAAGCAGCUAUUUUGGUUUUCCAAUUCACAUCAGGAAGAUUAAAGUCACCCAUGAUGAUAACUCCCCCCUUCAUUGUUAUUUUAGCUAUUUCCUCAACUAGUAGAUUAUCUAACUCUUCCAUUUGUCCUGGGGGCCUAUAAAUAACACCUACACUUAGGUUACUGUGCGAUUACCAAAUUCUAACGUAACCCAAAGGGACUCUAUGUUCACCUCACUAACUUUUUUAGGCUAGAUUUCAUGAUAUCCUUCACAUACAGGGCCACCCCUCCCCCUUUCUUGUCUACCCUGUCUUUUCUAUAUAAAGAGUACCUUAAAAUUGCUAUGUCCCAAUCAUUUUUCUCAUAAUACCAUGUCUCAGUAACAGCGACUAAAUCUACAUUAUCAGUUGCCAUUAUUGCCAAAAGUUCAUGGAUCUUAUUCCCUAAACUGUGAGCAUUUGUAGACAUGACUCUAAGCUUAUAAUUUUUUAACACACUUGCUACAGGCACCAUCUGUCCUUGUUUUGGGGGGCAAUUGGAUUGAUGUUUUAUCACCCUUUUGCCCCCCUUGCCCCCCAGUUUAAAUACAUCCUAGCAAAACCUCUGAACUGCUCACUGAGAACAUUUGUUCCCUUUUGAGAAAGAUGCAAACCAUCUUUUUUGUACAGUUUAUUUCCAUUCCAAACAGAGCUACCAUGAGAAAUAAAGCCAAAUCCUUGCUCCCGACACCAUUCUCCAAACCACAAGUUAAAGUCCCUAAUAUGCAUAUGCCUGUCGUUCUGAGUGUUAUGCACAGGCAAAACUUUAGAGAAUGACAGUGUGGAAGCAACCUGCCGUAUAUCAUUGGCAAAAACACUAAAAACUUCCUUUACCUCUGAAACCUCAUUGCAAGCCAAGUCAUUUGUCCCUAGAUGGACAAGUACAUCCAAUUCCCCUUCCUGCUUUGCUCGCUUAACAAUAUUACAAUUACGUCUCCUGUCACUGUGAGCAGUAGCUCCGGGAAGACAUCUCACAAAACCUCCAUUGUCCAUCUCCACACCUAUGAUAGAAUCCCCCAACAACAACUGCUUUCUAUUAGGCCUCACUAUAGUCUCCAAGCUUUUCUCCACAACACCACAUAACUUGGUGCCUGAACCUGUCUCCAUUAUCUGGAUAUAUGCAUUUGAAUACACGUUAGUGCUAAAGUAAGUCUCUCGCUAUAUCCUGAUAUCGACCUCGGCUUGUAUUGACUACAUAACUUAAAGGAACACUAUAGUGGCCGCAGAACAAGGCAUGGUAAAUAACCGAUAAGACAUGGUAAUUUGGACAUGUAAGUUUGCAGGCUGUGGUAGAGUCGGUCUGAAGCAGAUACAAGCAAACUUAUGAGGAGAGAUUAGGCUAUAAAGCAACUAUUUUAGCUUGGAUAUGGAGGAGCUAUAUAAAAAUGCGUCCAGACAUCUUGUGUGUCAGGCACCACCGCGAAGAUAUAUAUUUUUAAUUAAUUGAUUUGGUGUGCAGUGGGAAAUCUUUAUGUAAACUGUAACUUUUUAUCCAACCAAGGAGUAAAAUUUAUUUAAUAUCAAGAAAAGGGCAGGUAGAGAAGAGUCCAGGUAUGUAAGCAUAAAGAUUAUGUCACGGCCCCCGGCUCAUGGCCGCAUGUGGUCACACCCGAUCAGUGCGACUACACAAAGGAAUUACCUGUGCAGCAGCGAGCCGGGAGCCGACCCGCUCAGGCGACCAUCCCCUCCACACACCCCACCUGCAAAGGUCACGACGUCAACGCACACGCACGUUCUGGGGUCAGAGCCCAAGCUGUGACCAAUCACAGCCCAAGGAGGGGUAUUUAAACUCCAGAAUACCUUAGCUCAUUGUCCUGUCAUGGUUUCUGUUCCUGUUAUCCGAAAAUGCGUUUUCCUGAUCUUGUUAUUGAUAUUCUUGGUAUUUGACUUUGGCUAUUCCUGACUCUUCUGAUCUUGUGUAUUUCUGGCUCAUUUGACCUUUUCUAUUUUUCAACAUAUUAACCCGGCCAUUCUAAGGACUGGUUUACGUUCUGUCUGCUUUUCUGUUCUAUGUAAAUGUUACAUAGUUCUGUGUGCUCGAUCAUAUAGUUGUCGUGACAAUUACAUAAUCUGCGUAGUUUGCAUUUUUGCUAGGGUAAUGUCUAAAGGACGGGGUAUCACAUAUUUUGAUCAGGAGGGUUUAAAUACAUAAAGCAAGGGGAAAGGGGGAAUCCCUGCCUACUACCAUUAUGAAGACCAUAUUUGAUUGCUGUAUGUGAAAUCUCAUUUAUGUUAGCCACAAUGUAGGCCAGGCACAUUGCAUGAUUAUUAUUAUUAUUAAAAUUAAAUAUAAGUUGAUCUGGCAAAAGACCACAUUUAUUAAACAUGAAUGUAUCACUAAAUCCAUCUCUCUCUCACUCACUCUUCUAGCCAUUUCAGAUUAAUGGAAGAACAUAAGACACUCUAGGUUGUUUACUACAGUACAAUUUCAUAAUAAAUCUGAAAUUUUAGGAAAAGAUUACUACAUUGGGAAAAAAGAAUCAAAGCCACCAUGUUUUCAUUUUGGCGAUUUUUAAAUUCACUUUGAAUUGCUGUCAGUUUACAGCAAGGAAGACAUUUAUCAUCAAGAGUAGUGACAGUUCCCCUUUAAUGUAACACUUGAACAUAUAUUGUGAUCUAGUAGGACUCGGAAAUAACUUAGUAAUUGUUUGUUUUGUUUUUGCAGAGUUCUCUGUCAAAAGUUUCUGUACAUUUGUGGACAUCACCAACUUCUCCAGGCUGCAGGUUUUACGAUUGGAUGGAAAUGAGAUCCAAAGAAAUGCUAUCCCACCAGACACACCCCUCUGCUUGCGUAAUACUGACAUCAUCCACGUCUAACUAUACUGAGGAGCAUAUACCACGUACUGGCUCUCCGGAACACCAUCACUACCAAAUCACCCACAUUCUGAACUUGCAAAUGGUCUCAGUGCUAUUCACUACACCAGGAAUUUCCCAGUCAGUUCCUGACUAUUCCUUCUUAAGUGUGUAACACUGAUAGACAAUAAUUAAUAUAAGUGAAUAUGUGCACUAGAAUAAUUAAUCAAUUAAAAAGAAAAGUUUAAUAGUGAGGUUUGGUUGCUGUCAGGAUGAGAAGGGGAUUAUAGUGACAAAUCUACAUAAACAUGACACUAUGCUUUAAUCUAUUCUUCUGUGCUGCUUCUAUGAAAUGAGUCUUUACAAAAUACAAAGUGCAAAAGGAACGUAUUGUAUACAUAACAGAAAUGUAUUUUUGAGAUAUCAUAGAAAGCUCAAACACAGUGAGAAAGCAUUGAUAUUCUAAUAAUAUAUGCGCUUGACAGUAGCAGAUCAUUGGCUCUUUAUAAAAGAUAACGUCAAGGAAAAUGCUCCGUAAGGACUUCGUGAAUGUGGUCAGUUACACUCUCCUUGUUGUAUGUUUGUGGAGCCUGUUAUCUGCAUUUAUACCCUGUUGUGCACAUAAACCAUAGCACCACUGCAUCGAUUUUUAUCAAUUUUUUUGCUUUCUGAAGGCACCUGUCCUAUACUAUGAAAUGCAUGACAGUGACACCGUAACUCCUAUCAGAAUGGAGUUGUUUACAAAAAGUUAAUUCUGGUGCAAUGUUCUGAAGGUGGAUCAGCAUGAACAUUCCACCAGUUUCUAUAGUGGCUGUUGCCCUUAUAGAACUUUGACAUGGCACUGUUACAUCCUGCAUAAGGUACUUAGAAAAGUGACCCAAAACUCUCUUGAAGAUGAGACUACACUACCCAAAGUCUGUUUAGACGCCCAGAUAAGAUAAUGUUGUGAUACAUGGACAGUACUUGUAUCACCCCUGAUUUUAAGAAAACAAGUUGUUGAUCCCACUCCUGUUGCAACACUUGAUAAUCCCCAUAUUAGAAAGGUAUAGAAUUUAUAGGUCCUGUAGGUAGGAUCAGAUUGUGCAGUAUUAGUAGCCAACUACUUGUUACAUGGUUCCUGCAUACUUUCUGCUCCAGGUCACUAGUAUCCUACAGUUUUCUACUACAGGAGUAAUGUUAGUUUCCUGUCAGAAAUUAUCAUUAAAGAAACUUAUAUAAAAUGGUACACGAUAUGGUACACUAUAUGGCAGAGGAGCAGAGGUUGACAUCAUUCCUUUAAACAAGUAAAAUGAAGCAAUUGGAGGUUUUUAAUUCUGCUAACCAGAUAACCAGAUAACAUGGCAGAAAACUGCACUUAUAAUCAUUACUCUUACAGUAUCUUGCAUGCACAAGGGCAUGUUUCCAAUGCAGUCCAACAGUAAAAGUGAAGAAUAGUUUAGAUAACCUCUACAUAAUCCCAUAAUGCACUGCAGUAACAACUUCAAUAGUACAUUCAAUCCCCUAUAUACAAUAUGUAGUUAGGGCCAAAUUUACAUCAUGAACCUGUAGACACAAAAUUUUCAAACACCCCCUAAUCCCCAAUCCUUUGCAAAUUAUUAAAAAGAAAAGUUGACUGUUUAAAUAUGAUAAAUAUUGUUGAAUAUACACACACAUAUAGAGUGACUGUGUGCAUGUAUAUGUGUGUGCAUGUAUUAACAGUGUGCAUAAAUGUCUGAGUGCAUAUCUAUGUGUGUAUGUGCGUAUCAGUGUGUGUUUGUAUAGAGUGCGUAGCAGCAUGUGAAGUCGUGUGUCUGUAACAGUGUGUGUGUAUAGUGUGGGUAGCAGCAUGUUUGUGUGUGUGUAACUAUGUGGCUAGCAGCAUGUAUAGCGGUUUGUGUAUGUGUUACAAUGUGGGAAAACAGAAAAAAAAUGUGGAAAAAAAUUCAAAUUUAAAACAUAAAUAUUUCUAAUAUUUUCAUAAUGUAAUCACCCAAGGAUAAGUGAAAGAAUGUUUUAACUCACUAUCAACAAGUUGGAAAAAACAUACUAUUCGAUAAGAUAAGUUUAUCUUUUAACACGUUUAAGAAAAAGUAUGACAAAUACAGAAAAAGUACAAUCACCAGGGGUCAUCAUUGCACAAAAAAUUGGACUACUGUCUCUUAUCAUGUUACCCUAAAAACGUCACUCAGGGUCUCUGUUGUGCUGGUAUUAUAGCUACAAUUAGUAUUCCUAUAGUGUGAUCCUAGCGUAGCAGGUGAAAUGCGCAUCGAGUGCUUGGAUACAUUACAGUGGAACCUCGGAACUCGAACUUAAUCUGUUCCAGAAGGCUGUUCGAGUUCCGAUUUGUUUGAGAACCGAAUCAACGUUUCCCAUAAGAAUUAAUGUAAAAUUGAUAAAUCCGUUCCAGACCCCCAAAAUUACAGCAUUUUACAUUUAUACGUAUGCAUUAAAAAUAAUUCUCAAAUUAUAUUACGUGCAAUCUUCCUCUUCCUCUUGUUCUCCUCUGUCCUGCCCCCCUGCAGCUCACCUCUCUGCUCCCCCUUGCUGGGAGGAGUGGGGACCCUCAGAGUCACAGUCAGUACAGGUCCCCUCGGUUGAGGUUUUGGGGUCCCCCUCAAACAGGGUCUCUGAGCCUGAAGAGGAAGGUGAUGAGGAUGAUGAAGCGGAGGAGGUACCUGGGUCCAUGUCCUGGGAAAGUUUGUCUUCCAUGGUGAGCUCACUGUCUGCUUGUCGCCGAGCACAGUCAGGCAAUCCCAGUGAGAGCGGAGUGUGCACUCAUGGGCUCCUAGCUGGCCAGCUCUCACCUGGUGAGAUUGGGGAGGAUGUGGUGACAGCUGGCUGGAGGAGCCACAUGGCCCCGGUAAGCGUUUUUUUGAUGUUCGGGUACCAAAGAUUGUUCGCGUACCAAGAAAUUUUUUACUCAAAAUUUGUGUUCGACUUCCAAAUUUUGUUUGAGAACGGGACCACUGUAUUUAUUUUGUCCUUGUUCUCCUUCCUAUAUCCUGAUGGGAAUUUCUGAAUGCAGGGUUCUGGAAUGCUGGAAAAUUAUAAGGGGAAAUCCUUUUGUAUUAAGCCUUCGGACAAGGGCCAGAAUAGGGAACAGCCAUUCCAGCUUUUUGCUCUCUAGUGUCUCUGUUUGGGAUCCAGCUUGGUAAAUGUUUGACUCUUAUUGAAACAUUCUAUCUUCAAAUGUAGCCUUUGGAGUAGAUUUUCGUAUUAUACUAUGUUAGUAUAGUUACAUUACUAGUCAUAGGCUAUAGGAAUAGUAGAUUUACGACCGGCGCAACAUAGACCCCUAGUGGCAGUUUUUGGGCUUACAUAAUAAAAGAUAGUAGUGAAAUAGUGACCCCUGGUGAUUGUGUGGGGUUACACAGGAAGGGAUUCAAAGGGAUAUAUAUAUGUACUUUAUCAAUUAGUGUUUUUUUCUAUGCUUGUACUUUUUCUUGUACUUUUUAUGUUGAUAGAUAAAGGUACCUUAUUGAAUAGUAAGUUUUUCCAACUUGUUGAUAGUUAGUUGAGACAUUAUUUCACCAGUAUAUAAUUAGAUAAUGAAUUAGGUGAUUAGAUAAUACCUUUAUUCUAAUUAUCAUAAUAAAAGUUAUGUUUUAAAUUGGAUUUCCCCCCCUCAUUUUCCUUUUUCUGUUUAGUGAAACAGAAGGGCUUAAACUCCUUAAAUUUUAUGGACAUCUUUCCUAUGCCCUAGGGAUUCUUUUCUAUUAUAUAGUUAACAGUGUGGGUAGUAGCAAUGUGUGUGUAGAUAGUAUGGGCAGGGUAAUGUGUGUGUAACAUUGUAGGCAGCAAUAUGAGUAGCAAUGUGUAGAAGUGUGUGCAUUCAAGGUAGCAGUGUAUGUGUGUGUAUAUGCCUGGUAUUUGUGAGUUGGCCAUUCUGGCCCACAGUCCUGCUCCCUCCUGGUAUUUGUGAGUUGGCCAUUCUGGCCCACAGUCCUGCUCCCUUCAUGUAAACACUGUGCUGUGUUCAGUCUGAGAAGGCAGACAUUGCACAACUCAAGCACCCUCAGACUGAAUGCAGUGAUCCCAGAGUGCUGGAACAUCUAUUCCAGCAAGCAAACAGCAGACACUGGAAUAGAUAAUAGAGAGGUAGGGAGAGAAUUUAGCAGGAAGAGUAGGAGCCCCCAACAGGCAUGUGCCCACUUUGUCUAAUGGGAAAUUCGGCCCUGCAUUCAGUUCUUUUUGUGGGUGAAAAACUGUUAUUUGCAUUCUCUUGGCUUUCCAGAGUAUCUUGGCGUAGCAAGUUCCCCUGGCAGACGUGGCAUAUUUAGGCUAUUCUUGCAUUGUAUUCAGCUUAAUUAUUUUAUGAAAAUCUAUGAAACCCAAUGUAUAUAAAUAUGUAUAUCACUAUAAAUAUAAAAGGUAAGAAAUAAAGAGACUAUAUCUGUAUUAUACGCACAAAUGAACUGAAGUUACUGACAGUCUUUUUCCAUUUUCUUAAUUCUUUGGUACAGCAUAUUGCGGUUCAGAAUUGUCUGACUGUGGUUGUAUGCUGCCCUCUGGUGUCAUCCGAAUAUAUUACAAUCGGCUAAAAGGCAGUGUGUAGUGGAGAAUUUGUUUCCAGAGGAAUGCUUGCUUUUAGUGUGGCG